AUGGGCGCCAAGCGCAAAAGCCCGGCUUCGGCCAAGCGGCAGGAGAAGGAGAAGCCGCCGCCGCCGCCUAAGCGGGCCCGCGGCAGCGAGGCAGCGGAGCUCACCGGGACCCAGUUCAAGUCCACGUUGCGCGACCCCAGCGCCGCCAUGAAGGGUGAGGGCUGCUUUCCCCACGUGUUCGCCACAUCGGUUGCUUGUCCUCCGCCACUUCUUUUCCCAAACGCUUCUCCCCGACCCCUGGGGGUUAAAGCACUGCGAAUCCGUGUCUGGGCAAGGGCCAAGCAGCUAUCCUUGGGCAAUAGCGUAGCCUACCCUUUCCCCACCACCACCGCCCCCCGGGUUUCGCCCCCUUUGUUGCUGAUUUAUAUAGCCGAGUACUGCUUCGCCACCCCAGUGAGUUGCAUUGCUCAGUUUUCCACCAAAAUUGGAUGCUCAGUAAUUAACUUUAACUGCUCCAUCGAGGAAGAUGCAGGUCACAGAGAUCUCCCCCCCACCUCCGCAACUCUUGUCCAUCAGAAUAACCCUUUUUGAAAGAAAAGAGCAGCAAUCGGCAUAGUUGUAGGGGAUUAUUGUAGUUAUUUCAAACACAGUUUUUUCUCCCAUUUACGCAGUUAGUUCAAGUGGUUCCCUUGUUGCAAGUUCUUAUUGCACAAGGGAUUGUAGAUUCAUUAAAGGCAACAGAGUUUUGUGGCACCUCAAAGACUCAGCACAUUUGUUAUGGGAUGGUCUAGUAGUGCCUGCUUCAUCACAUGCAUGAAAUGUAAUCCUCUGUUAGUAUGUAUAUACAGUAGGGUCUAAAAUGGGAAAUGUAAACGUUUGAGUUAAAUGGCAAUGCAGUGUAAAAAGUACAGCCCGUAACAAUCCCAUUUUGGUUUAAGUACAGCUAAAAUAAUUUUAACAUUGUUGUGUAAAUUAACUCCAAUCAUUGGGCAGCAACUGCACAUUUUAUGUUAUUUUAGCAGACAAACACUGCUAAAUAUCUGCAUAUUGAUUAAUGCAGAGCACAAAAUGGGACUGAUUGUUUAUAUAUUGCACUAGAAGUGCGCAGUUGGAGGGGAUAGAAAGUUUGCAAGAUGUCCCCAGGUAGGGAAGCUUGUCAACAUAAAAAAGAGACUCUUAAUCUCAGUGUCAUGGGGUUGGACUAGAUGGUCCUCAUGGUCCUUUCCAACUCUGCAAUUCUAUGAGUCAGUGAUUUUAUUUAUAAUAUUUAAAUCUUCAGAUUUACCCAGGUAAUAGACUCCUAGUUCACUGCUCCAACUUCGUUAUGGUGCAAUAUUACAAAUUUAUUUUCCACUUAGUUACUGUUGCACCAUUUGUUUGUCUGUCUGCACCUGUGUUCUGUUCUCAGACGUUGCAUUGGCAAGGUAUUAAGGCCAGCAAUUUGCUGGUGGUGGUUUCUAGGUACAUAGGAAGCUGCCUUCUUUAGCUGGUUGAUCUAGCUCAGUAUUGGCUAUACUGAAUGGCAGCAUCUCUCACUCAAGGAUUUCGGGCAAGUGUUGAAUAAGUCCUUGAUUUGUUCCAGGUUUGGAAACAUUCAUAUCGAGAGCGAAAUCAUUACCAUCAGCAGAACAGUAUGAUGUUGUAGAGGGAUACAUAAAAGUUUCUGUCGAGUGUGCAGAAAUUUUAAAACUUCUGGAUGGCGAAAGGAGGCCUGAAAGUGAGGUCAGUAUUUCGUUUGUUGCAUUUAGCAUUCUAUGAUGAGUUGUGUAUACAGUGAACAAGUACUGAUUGGUAGCAUAAAGAAAUAAGGAAUAAACUUUCCACUGGAACCUUCACACAGGUAAAUUAACGUUUGUUGUUUGUCAAGUAUUUCACACAUCGAAACACUUAAAAUGAUAAUCUUAUUUGUCCUCACAAUAAGUCUGUGAAAUAUUUCCUUCAUAUUUUCAUAUUGUAGGAUUUGUAGCCCUGCACAUUUGUGAUGCGCACUGUUGUUCCACCUUCCUUUGAAAUUGUGCAUUGGCUGCAAGCAUUUUGUUACACUGUAGGACUGGAGCAUUGGCUUGGAAAUUUUGACUUACUAUUACAGAAAUUGUCUCCUUGAAGACCUUGUUUAGCAAAGAUAGGGUCCACAAUUCAUUUGCAAUAUUUCUUUGCUUUCUUUUUUGUAUUCUGAUUUAGAGAUUACCAUUGCAGGAGGAAGCAGUGGAUCUAAGCACUUGCUAUAUUUUUACAUUUGGAAGCUUCCUUUUUUGUUAGAUGUUAUACUUUAUUUAGGAUGAUGACUUCUCAAGUUGUUCUACUAAUAUUUGCUGCUUUCCCCACCUACCCACCCCAAUAAACAAAGUAUAAUAAAGUAUUUAAAUGUUGCAGAUGCUGCUAAUCUUUCAAGCUCUAGAAAGCAUUUUGCUGCGAACAGCGAGUGAUUUGUCCCACUUCAGUGUGGUAGGGAUGAACAUAGUAAAGAAGCUGAUCAAUAGCUACAUGAGAUUAAUCUAUGCUGCUCUGUAUUCUGAGAGUCACAGGUAAGUUCAUUGCAAACCAAAGAACAUAUAUAAUUGUCUAAAACUUGAAUGAAACAAUAUUUCCAUUGAUCAGGAUCAUGCUAAUCCUGAGAACAGAUCUUGGAAUGGUACACAAAGUACUCUUUAUACUUGAUUUAGGAGAAUACUUUAAUUUGCCAUGACCUUCCUCUCCUUUCUUUUUGCUUCCAUGUUCAUAUACAGUAUUUAUUUAUUUGACACUUCUAUUCCACCAGCAAAAAUGUGGUUGCACAUUUUUUAAAAAUUCAAAAUAUAAUGUGCAGCAUCCAUUACAGAGUGCAGGGGUCCACUAUAAAAAAGGCUCAUCAGCAGGAAGAAAAAUAUAAAAAUAACAGUUACUCACAUCAACCGCAUGUGUUUAAAAGCUGUUGGUAGGGCCUGGCCAUACUUAUAAGUGACAAAAUAAUACCAAAUUAAAAUAAACUUACCACUUUUAUGUACUCUGUGAGUCAAUUUUUCUAAUAAUGCAAUAUCCUACACUUUUGUAUUCCGGAAUUCUCUCUCCAGAAUCUUGCAAUAGUUAGUCUGGUAAGUGACUGACCAGUUCCCUGCUAUAUGGAACAGAUUCUUCCUCUGUAAAGAGGGCUAAUUGCAGGGAUGGCAUUAUUUUGCCUUUUACAUUGAGUGCAUUCUUACAAACCACAGUAUUCAGAAACAGUUAAACUUGUGGAUAUUCCCACCAUAAAUGGAGAUAUGUUCCCAUAUCUUGACAUUCUCUCCUGCACUUUGGCAAGGAAUCUGGAACCAUAUUUCUAAUAAGCGAGCUGUUACAAAUACUGAAAGACCAGGCAAAGAUGGCCCAAGACAUUUUUGUUUCCUGAGGUACAAAAUUCAAAUGGUGCAACAUUUAUAUGAUUAUGUUUUAUUAUUAUAAAACCACACUAGCACACUUUAGUUACUGAAAUCUUUUCCCUCAAAUCUUCUGCUGAGGUGGACUGCCUCAGCCAAAAUUGCUAGUUUUUAGGUUUUAUGGUUUUCAGUUACAAACUUCAGAAAAGUAAAGAAAAAGCUACAGCAAUGAAUUUCAAACAAAAAACAAAAGGGGAGGAAAUUUGGGUUGGAUGCUUAUUGGUAAGUGUUUUCAGGCAAACACUUCAGUCUGGGAUGUGCCUCAGCAUUUCUAAUGAUAGGGCAGCCUUGGGACCAUAAUUUAACAGGGUUUAGCCUGGUAGAGUUAUUCAUAAAGAAGUGGCCUAUAUAAUUUUCAAUCAUUCGUCUUAAAAGUGAUGAAACAAAAAAUAUAGAGCAUUGUACCCAGGAAAGUUUCCCAUUGCCACAAGGUUGUUGGCUUUCACAAUGGGAAUUCCUCUCUCCCCUCCACAAAUCUGCCGUCUAGUGCCGACGUGCUAGGUAUCUGCCUCUCUUAGUUGACAUAAUUCAAACUUGCCUAUUUUAAUUUCAAAUGUGUCAGUUCUUAAUUUUCCAUUGACUAGUUUGCCUAUGUACUGUUCCUUCUCCUGUGUUGCUUAUACAGACUGUCUCGCCAGUGCCUCAUCUUGCUAUCUGCAGUGGUGUCACAGGGGCCGGAUGCUGCAAGGGAUGUCUACAGCCACUUUGAUUUCAAUAAUAAAUUCCUUCCUAGUUUAGUGAAGAGGAGAGAUUAUAAGGUAAGAGGAGGACAUAUGCAGUGAGUGUAAGUGAUGGCUUAACCGUAUUUGUUUUUUGUGGUGUGAAAAGUAAAGCUAGAAUUGGGGGUGGGGAUACCUAAGUCUCUUUCUAUAUCAUGCGCAGAACAUCAUUGAUGUGGAUUGUUUUAUUGCUCCAAACUGUCACUGAUCCACAGGGGAAACAUUUUUUGAUUCUUGAUUUACUUAGGCUUUUUAAAAAAUGUGUAUAUACGUGAUUUUACUACAUCAUUUUUCUGUGGGGGGGGAGCUUUUGUAUGAAAUGGCACCUAUGUUUUGUAUGACAUGGAUGUAACUGUUAUGUCCCCCCCUCCUCCUUACACAAAUGCCUUCUUGCAUAAAAAAGAAGUAGCAAAGUCAUCCUGUGAGAAUUUCACAGCAAGCAAGCUCAUAUGCACACAAACACACGCCAUAAUGUGUGAUUCAAGCUGUGGAUUCCUUCCAAAGUUUAGUAAAAGCACAUUGUACAGUUUUCCUAGGAUUUUGCUACUGCAAAAUGCAGGUGUGCAUGGAAGUGCAACAUGUUUGUCUGCUGUUCCACUCCAGAAAGCUGCUGAUAAAAACAGGGACACCAAGAUGAUGUGUUAGCUUCCCAUGUACAGUGGAACCUUGGAAGCUGAAUGCCUGUAAACUCGAACGCUUUGGCUCCUGAACAAUAAAAAAACGGAAGUGAUUGUUCCGGUUUUCGGAUGAUUUUCAGAAGCCGAACGUCCGGCAUGGCUUCCAGUUGGCUGCAGGAUGCUCCUGCAGCCAAUCGGAAGCUGCACCUUGGAAGUUGAAUUCUUUGGAAGUUGAACAGACUUCCGGAACGGAUUCUGUUCGACUUCCAAGGUACAACUGUAUAGGAAGGUUCAUUCAUUCAUAUGACUGGUGAACCGCCUCUUCUGUUAAUCUUACAUUGUUUCAGAUACACAUUGUUCAUCUUCCUCCCAUGUUUAAUGCAUAAAUAAUCUAUGGCCCUUGGGAUUUUGACUGCUUUUGUUUUAUGUAAACAUGUGAGGAAACCACAACAGCAUUUGUUGUUAUACAUAUCUAGGCUCUUUUACAAACCACCGUGGAAGCAGUGACACCACAGUGGUAAAGAGGGCCUAAGUUUCUGAUGGAGUUCACCUUAUGAAAUAUGAUAAACAUAGAAAUGGUUCUUCUAGUUAAAAGACUGUGAACUGUUUAAAAUUGCAGUCACUCUUUUAAAUAUGUAUUAAGCCCCUCAUAUUACUGUUGUAGUGAGUUGGCAUUUGGGUUUAUAAGUUGCUGAAUGUCUCUUAACAUUUAUUUAGGGCAAGCCUGAUGUUCGUAUGGCAUAUAUCCAGUAUGCUGUUUCUUUUUUAAUUGCUGGUGACAACACAAUCCUUGUCCACGUUCUGGAGUUAAAAGGUAUAUUAUAAAUAUUGUUUCUUAAAGGCAUUAAUAUCUCCCUCUUAUUUGUGAAGUGAGAGGUCCGUGUUUGGAUGUUAUGAGUACCUAAAUUCAUUGGAUACAAGCUUUAGGAAGGAGCAGUUCACUUUCAUUCGCCUGUGAGUUGUAUUGCACAAGGCAUUUAGCUGUCAAGAUACAUAAUGGGAGAACUUAGCAAAACCUCUGUGCUCUUCACAUAGCAUCAAUCGAGGAAGACGGAGAUUUAAAAAACCCUUUGCUCAUGUUUUUGAGUAAGUGGCUGAGUUUAAUGAGGGCAAGAUUCCCUUACUGUUCUAUCCCAGCAAAGGAAAGUUAAAGUGCUUUGCCAGUUUCUUAGCUCUGUUUGGAGAAACUUGAGUCUUUGGAUUGGGGACAAUUUUAUGGGCCAGAUUUCACCUGCUCCCCCACAGUUGUCCAUCCUUACUGUAGAAGCUGUAGAGUUCAGAAUUCAGCUACCCUCUUCCACGGUACAAGUUCAUUGUUUAUUCUGAGUCCAUUCACUUCUGGUUCACUUUGUAGACCAAAGCAUUCGGUAACACCAGUGGCAACACUUGAUAAAACUGAUUUCAUUUUAAAAACACUUCCCAACUUCCAAUUAUGUUUUUAACAUUUUAAAAUGGUUUGUAGAUUUCAUCCCAGAUAUUUUUCGAACUGGUUUGAAGGAAGAUAGAAUUUCUACAGUUAGCCUUCUACUUUCCACAUUGGCAACUAAGGUAUGACCUUGACGUGACUUUACUCUGUGUAUCUUAUUUGCUGAAAAUAACUCUGUUGUGGUUUUCCAAAGACUCUCCAAUUACCAAUCCUUUAAUGUUUGGCUACAGUUUAGAUCUUGUCAGCAUUUCUGUUAUGAGCUUUUGUUUGAUCAUAAAAUAUUCCCUAAGAGUUGGAGCCUGUAAUUUGCUGAGCUUUUAAACAACCAAGAAAAUAGUAUUUCAAAGCAACUGUUAGGAAGUUUUAAAUCUUUUGUACAUCCUGUAAAAAUAACUAUAUUCUUUUGGCUUCCUUUUGAAACUUCAAUUUCUGGGGGCAAGGGCAGCUGUUUCAGUUUGCUGAAGCAAAAACAACAGUAUUGUGGCAUCUUAAAGACUUAACAAAAUCAAGGGUUCAUUCACUUGUUCAUCUUCCAGUGUGGUAUAAGCAAUCAUCUACCAGAAAUGCCACUCUGCACUCUUCCUAGGACAAACAGGUUAAAUGUACACAAUCUGACAUCAGAAAGGGCAAUAUUUAGAAAUGCAUGGGAGAACAUUUCAGUCUUGCUUAAUGACCUUAAACCUGACCAUUCUUGAACAAAGGAAUUUCAAAGGUAGGCUCUAGCCUGAAAAUGCGGAAUUAUAAAUUUAUCAAAAUAAAAGAUUAUUUUUUUCAGCCUUGUAGUUGAAAUUUGUGUAUGUAUUGUAUUUUUUUCUAGGUAGUUCACAAUAAAAAUAUUAGCAAGACCCAGAAAGUGCGUUUUUUUACUGUCGAAGUAUUGAACCACAUUGCCUCACUCUACCGCUGGAAUGGAAUUACUGAUGUCAGCACAGAAGAUGUCGUGGUACAGCAGUUUCUUCUCAUCUUUUUCUAUUUCUCUGUUUAACCUCAGCAGAAAGGGUUUUGCCUUUAUACUAACCCAAGAAAAAGAGGAAAGCUAUAUAUGGUCCCGUAUAGUAAAACAAUAUUUAUUUUGCCUAGAAUAAGGAUUGUUGUUGCUGUUAUUUUUACCCACCCUGCACCAGCAGGUCUGAGGGUGGCUGGCAGAAAUUCAAAACUGGAUGGGAGUUGAGAGUUCAAAACAUUUGCAGGGCACCAGGUUGGUUAGUAUGCACAGCUGAAAACAGCAAAGGAAGUGAGGAAGAAAAGUCUUCUCUGAUCCUUCCUAAACCAUUUUAUGGCCAUUUAACAGACAGUGUCUUCAGCUUUUUACAGUGUCUCACCAUUCACCUUUUUCUCCUCUGAGAAUCUGCUGGUUGCUGCUAGGUCUUGGAACUCCAGUUUCCAUGUCCUACUCAUAAAUGCCACCCCCUUCUGCCCCUCAAAUUUGACUUCCCAGCCAGAGAGAAUGUUGAUUUGUAUUCCCCAUUGCUCAUCUGCUCUGACUGAUGGCAGCCGUCCAGCUUCUCAGGCAGAGCCCUCCCCCUCCCUUGCUCUCUGAUCCUGGAUAUGCCAGGUACUGCAUUUGGGACCUUCUGAAGCAUGGAAAGCAUGUGCUUUGCCACUGAGCUAUGGUCAAAUAAACAAAUUCUAGUAAACAUUGAUCUUUGUGCUCUACGCAGGCUACCCAGGAUCCUGAAGAGGCAGGAAAGAUCCUAGUGAGGAAACUCGUCCAUAAUUUUUUACUGGAUCUCUGUUGUUCUCUGAAACAUGGCAUUAACUUUUAUGAUCCAAGCCUUGGCACAUCUGGCAGGUAAAGUAUCCCAGUUACUCCGGUGGUUGAAAAUAGUCCCGUCAGCUAUUCUCUGUUUAAAUCAAAGAUUCUCAUUUUCAACAAGACCAACCAAACGUACAAAAAUUGCUUUGUGGUGUAUGUGGACUGCAGGUAUUCCCCACCAUGGAACUGAGACUUGUCAGGAACCUGAGGAAAUGAAGAAAGAUAGAAUUGGAAGGGCAGCCAGGAAGCUACCCCAAACCCCAGAAUGUUUCCUAGUCCAUUGCAUCAGGGGUGGAAGUGGACUUGGUGUGUAGGACCACAGCCAGUCCCAAACCGUGAUUCUGGAUGAGGCAGAAACAUUGACAAUUGUUAUGUCAUCUCCUUUUUAAAGGAAGGCCACAGGGUGGAGCCCCAACACUCCACAGCUCCCAGAAGACAAGGCUGAAGAAAAUACUUCAAGUAUUUUUAGUGAGAAGCCUAAACAGAGCUUUAAAAAAUAUAAUACGGUUUCCCUUAGGGAGCCAUCAUAUGAUAUAGACUGCUUAGCUGAAAGUUCUGUGAAGCAUUGGCCUUUGCUUGUGAAAAGAUUGGUCUACAUGUGCAGGCAGUAGCUGUCUGGAAGAAUGGCCUCUCUGUCACAAGCUUCUUCCUUUAUGAACAGUCCUAUGACCCCUUUUGUUGAAGAGAAAGGCUUAUAUGUAGCCCAGCUAGUGAGGUAAAAAGGUAAAUAAAAGCCACCUAAGAAUUUCUUGACUGAUUUACUACGCUUAGCUAGUUUUUGCAGUACCUAGGCUGUCAUUCCUCCCAUCCCACCUCCUGCUCAAAUUCUCAGCUGGUACUGUUUCUUGCAAAUGAAAUUGAAACAAUAAUGUGCCAAUUAUGUGCUAUCUAAAGUGUCUAAAUUAGAUUAUAAUUCUGUGAUUUCAGUAGCUUACAGAUUUUUUUGGGGUUCUCUCUGUCAAAAGUAAACUGAGCAGAAUUUAGAGCCCUAUUUACCAUCUUGCCUGCACCCAAAGAGCCGCUUUACUAAUCCCAUACACCCAAGGGAGCUUUGUAGGGGUGCUGUAUUGUUUUGUUUGCCGAAUAGCAGUUUUUUCUGCUCCAUGGCACACCUCUUUUGAAACUGAGGAAUGUUACAAGAGCAGUUUGUGAAUCAGAAGGAGGUCAAAGUGGGGGGCAGGGGAGAGUCAAAUUCCACUGGGCAUGCUCAAUACCCCCUUGCACAUGCCUAGAGCAGCUGUUUGGAUCCUGGCCACUGUUAGAAUUGGUUUCAACUGUAUGGUGGCAUAUGCUGCCAUAGUGAUUGUUUUUCAAAAUCUUUCUUUACUAGAGGAGGGAAUUUGGUUCUUUUGCGCUUUCUCGUGAAUUUAAAGACUGCUGCAGAAGAUGAGAUGGUUGCUGAUCUUGCGGUGAACAUAUUCAAAGUGUGCCCAGAUUUACUGAACAGAUACUUUAAGGAGUCCCAGUAUUCUUUUGUUCCCAGGCUAAAAUCAGCUUGGCUAGACAAUAUGAAAUUGCUGAGGAAGGUAAGAAUUUUAUGAAAAAUAUACCCUUUGUACAUGAAAAUAACAUUUAGCAACUUUUUUGCUGUGUUAGGAUCACAGUAAACAUCUUUAUUCCCCCCCUGUAGUUAUAUUUGAUGGGGGAGUAGCAAAGAGACUCAUUUUGGUUCAUGCAUUUCUUACUGUGGAGAAAUCCCAACAGUUAGACCUUUGGGUUGGGUUGCUCUUCUCCCAUACCUCACCAUGUGAGUAAAUAAUGUCUAUCUUAACUAUAUUUAUCUGAACAUGAUACCUCUCUAUUAUCUGCCCUCCAGAUCUGUCCUUGAAAAGAAUGCUAGGGACAUAUUGUAGUCACACAGUUGAAACGAUAUUACUUAAAAAGAGCAUGAUACAGAAAGCCCAAGAUUUUACUAGGUUGAUAUUUUGCCAUUGUAACAUAUGAACAAGUCCUGAGUUUGGAAAUGUUUUUGCACAGGAAUUAACCACAUCUGAUCAUAACUGGCUGCCAUUUUGUGCCAUCUGUGCAGAAUCAACAUUCAAUGGUACUUUGUGCACUGAGAUCUGUACCAAUCAUGCAAAAUCAUAUUUGAUUCAAAUAUGCAAAUUAAUAUUGGGGUCCAUUACUGCAUAUAUUUCCUAAUGGUUUUAAAGUGUUUGUUCUGCCAGUUGUGGAAGAUGAAAGAAGGUAUAAGGAAGCUCCAUUUCUACCCCCUGGGAUAGAAAUGGGAAUACCAGCUCACACCUACUCACAUCUAGAACUUUGCCAGGCAUUGCCUUUACACCUUCAAUACAAUUAUAAGCCAGAGUGGUUAUAAGCCUAGAUUCCCAGGAUACUGAAUUUUUGAUUUUGUACCACAUUCUAUGCUUCUGCAACACUUAUGGCGUGUAUACAGCUCUGACAAUAAACAGGAAGCAAGAUGGUAAUAUGUGGGCUAAGUUUGUUCUUGUACCUUUUUUCUGGGCAUAAUUGCUGUUAUCUGCUCUAAGUCUUUUAGAAAGAGCACAUUAUCAACUCAAAACGGGUGAUUAAAUAGGAGCCAAUAUAUUAUUAUCUUCCUCUGUGCUUACUGAGUUUUGUACCAGGGACCCUGAGCUAUAAGUUGCCAAAAAGAUAUUGGCCAUCCUUCAAGCUAAAGAUCAUUUAGCUGGUGUGAGUUGACUUAGCCCUAGGUCUUCCUAGUUAUUUAUAGAAAAUAUGGCGAGGGGUUUUUAAAACUUCUUACUAAAAUGCAUUAGAGAGAGAUUAAUACAUAUCCUUUAUUCCUGGUAUAUCACCUUCAUGAAUGGGAAAAAUGUUUUUGAAAGUAAUAGAAUAUAUUAACUAAGAGAAUGAGAUCAGUGAUGGAGAAAUUAGAUGGCAGUCUAUUUUUUAUUUGAUUAGAACACUUAUGAAUAGCUUUUCUGUUACUUAGCAACAUCCGGAUAAAGUGUCUUAAACAGGAGGAAUUAAUAUUGACAACAACAGAUAAGCUAUGGAAACUAAAUGCUUGCUAGGAGAGAGAGAGUGAGCACAAUAUUACUCUCUCUAUUUAGGAUUCUCAGCAACUGAUACUCAGAGACUUGCUGCCUCUGUUACUGAAGGUGAUGCACAGCCAUCAUGACUAGUAGCCAUUGAUAUCCUUACCCUCCACGAAUUUUUGAGGUGGCUACAGCAGGAAACGGCUGAAGUUCUCCUAAAUCCCUCUCUGCUGGUAGAAAGCUAUGCUUUAUCAAAUAAACAGUCAAUGGAAACCAGUUUGGUUUAUCCCCAAACACCUUUCUCUUCAUGAGGAAUUAAGCAUUUUAGACUGUUUGUACAUGUCCUUUGUACAUGUCCAGUUGAACUGGCUUUAGGGGUCAUGGCCUCAUUAGCACUGUCUUAACAAUAUGUAUUUUAUAUAAAUUUUUCAGAUCUAUGAGGCUCAACCAGAGAUUUCUACUGCUUUUAAAACAACAGAGUUUGUUCCUUUUCCAAGAUUGCUUUCAAUGGUGAUGGUAACAACUAUUCCAGCUGUCUGCAACAAAGUCAUGUUUACCCAAGGAUUAAAUGUAAGAACUUCUCUUUAUAAUCCCGAAUGGGGAGGUUUUUGGUUCCACUAAGCAAUUUUGCUGGCACUAUACUUUUCAAAGCUUAUCUUCCAUGGAAGGUUACAAUAGUUGCAAGAACUCAGUGGCUGAAUUUUCAUGCUAUAGGAGUGAGCCUGUGCAAGCCUUGGGCUUGUGAGGAAGAUUUUGCUUUGAUUUUGACAAACCACACCUUUGCAUUGCAUCUGCAUUCAGACAGACUAUGUUAGUAAACUUAACUGUAGUUUGCUAAAACAAGGGCAACUUCAGUCUGUGGUUUAUGAAUCUGGCUCGUUAUGAUUGUUAAUUCUAGUAUUACAACUGAAUCCUAAAUUGUGGUUAAUGAAAAAUUAAAGUGGAAGCUUCCAACCACCUUCUCCUUAUGGCUGUACAAGAGGAGGGGAAGCAAGUGAGCCUUAUUUUGUCUCAAAGGUCUGUCCUGAUGCUGCCACCUUGUCUGGAUGGCAAAAAUGUUGGCACAAAUACUAAAAAAUGGAGUGUCAAUGGCAACCCAAGUAGAUUCCACCUCUCAGACAUUACUGUAGCAACACGGAAUCCAUCAAAGGGAAACAGUUCUUGGUACAAUGCCAGUAAACUUAGCAUAGCUCAUUUGAUACCGUGGCCUAAAUAUGUGAAAUAAUUGAAGUAAAUCAUGAUUUUUCAGUGUCUUGUAGCAGUGUGUGGCAACCCCACUUUACAAAACUAUUUGCCUGCUUUUUGAUCGUUCUCCAGUGCUUAAAACAGACUGGGGUCCUCCAGAUGUUUUUGACUACAGUUCCCAUCAACCCCCAGCCAGCAUGGCCAUUGAUCAGGGAUAAUAGGAACUAUAGUCUGAAACACCUGGAGGGCACCAAGUUGAGCUAUUGCACCUUUUGUUACCCUUCCAAUCUCUCCUUACAUCCCCUCUUCAGUAAAUGCCUACAAGGUCUUGCAGGGAGAACCUUUCCAGUCCAAAGUACCCAGAAUGUAUUAAACUCUGUCUGGCCACAUAACGCUUUGACCCUUUCCAGUCUGCCUGCUUCCUUGGGCCAAGAGUUGCUGCUUGGUUUGCUCUUCACUUUACAGGGCUGCAGUUCGCUUUCAUUCUGUGCACACCUACUUGAGGGCAAGUCUCACUGAACCCAGUGGGACUUACUUGUGCUCUGUCUGGCCCUUUAUCCCUCUCUUCCUUCAAAGUAGUGAGUCUGACUCUGCAGAAGCUCUGUGAUAAUUGAUGUGGAGCUGUGCAGAUUAAAGGCAAAGGUAGAAAAAUGUGUCUUGUUUCCGCUGGGGGGUGGGGAGCUCUUGUCACUGCUAUUUGUCUCAGUUCCUGCAAAAGUUCAGGCAUGGAGAGGCAUUCUCCUUACGUGGAACAUUGAUGCUUCCUGGCAGUUGAAAGUGAUGCCACCAGUGGGUCACACCAGCAGUUCCUGGAAAGAUGAAGCAGAAGCACAGUAACAGUUUGUUUCUCUUUUCUUUUAGAUACCCAAUAAAACUGUAAAACAUACAAUCUUUUCGCUUAUAUCAACUGUUUUGAAAAGAGCACUGAAAAACAUUGAGCACUGUCUAAAUGAGACGUUAUGGGAGAAGUCCGAAAUCUAUACACCAUCUAUGAUGCAAGAAUUCGUCCAGCAAUACAGAGAAGCACUUGGCAAGGUAAAAAGUAAUAAAACUGUGUGAUGCAUAAUUGCAGUUUUGUGCAGCAGAAAAUACGUCCAUUCAGGGAGGAUUUCUUCUUCCACUUUCUGUAUCCUGACAGCUAAGGUGAAAAAUAUCCAAAGAUAUUUCUAAUGGAUUAUUAACAUCUUCCCCCUCUUAUAAAUUAUAUGCUAACUAUUUCUUGAUGCUUUAAGACUUUCUUAAUUAAUGCUUAAUUGCUGAAUGCUGGGAUACUAAUUUUUUAAACUUCUUAUAUGCUUUUAUUGAAAUAAUUUCUGUACAAGGUACUAGCUGCAAUUUUUAAGUCAUGGGGCUUAGAAUAGCAAGAUAUGUUCCACCAGUUAGUAGAGUUGGUAAAAUAGAGUUUCAAUAACUCUGGAAUUCUGAAUGUGGAAACUUGACUGGGAAGAACACAUAUCAGGGUACCAGGUUAGGGGAAUAUCAUCCCCCUAUCAUUUCAGCAGAUAUUGAAAAUAAGGGGCAACAGUUAUAGACUGACAGUCAAUUUGUACUAAGGUAAUAGCUGAACUAAGGUAAUAGUUUUCCAAUUCUCACAGCUGAGGCAUCUCAUUGGCUAUGUUGGGAUGUCAUGCAAAACUGAGAAUAAGUUGAUCCUCCUCUUGGGCUUGUAUUCUCCCCUUUCCUUCUCUAAUGCAGCCAGGAGGGGGAUAUUGGAAACCUCUGCUUCAGUUUUUAGAUUACGUGCAGUUCAGCAUGUCAUCCAAACCAUAAACUGUGGUUAACCUAUACCAUUGUCUUGCUUGUUUACACUGACCAUAGUGAUAUGCAUGUAUUUGGACCUGCUAUAUAAUUAGUGUGAUAAUUAGUAUUAAAAACUGUAGGCCAAUUCACUUAAGCCUAGUUCUGACCAACUGAAGUGAAUAGUCAUCAAUGGGUUUAAUUAGCAGUUGCACAACAAAAACUAGUUCUCAGUUUUAAAAUACUUCUCAUCUUGUAAUUCAGACUUUCUCAAAAACCAAUGACUGGUAAAUUUUUGUAUGAAUUUGGAUAGGAUAUUCUUUCCCCUUUUCUCCUCCAUUCCUGCUUUGUAAAUAAUUCUCUAUAGACAUGUUGCAGUGAUAAGACAAUUGUAUAACAAUAUUUAGUGGCUAAUGUUGGUCUUCUUUUUAACAAAUCUAGCUCUUGCCAGAUAUGACUACCAUAGUAGCAGUCUGGCAGUCGCUUCUAAAGCAAGAGAAGGGACAAGAUGGACAGAAAGGGAGUGGGGAAGAUGCUUCUGUUUCGGAGGAAAUAACAGCAGGCAAAGAAACAAAUGGAGAGCAUGGUAGGAAAACCUUAGUCAUCUUUCUAAUGUGCGUGUGAACAGUGGAGCACAAUGAUUCAUAUCUCAUGAGUCACAGUGGCUCUGUUCUGUUCUUUGACAACCCCUGUUAAUGACCUCUUCUAGGAGAGAUGCUUUUAGAGGCAUCUAAUAUUAUUCUAAGAAUCUGAGCUCCUGUUUUCAAGAAACGUCUUUGAGUUAUCCUGGGGUAGUCACGGUGCAGCCUAUGCAGACUCCGCAAGUGCCAGAUUGGAUACAAAAUUCAGUGCUAUCAUUUCUGCUGAAAUGGUUUCCAGAGCUAAGUUACACUCCUAUCCUGUGCACAGCUUAAGCUCUUGCUGCAUAAACAAAGGCUUGCAAGGGGGCAAGAGGAGUUGUCUGGAUGUGCACCAUUUCCCUUUUCGCCAUGGCCGCUCCCCCUCCAUUCUGCAGUUCUUUCCUACCACAGAAGGGAUGAGAAUGAUAAUUUCUUCGUAGCUCUGACUGUGAGUGCCAUAUCCACCCACCCACCCCUACCCUCAGUGCAUUAGUACUUAACUGUGUAGGGUUUUGCUAGCCAAUACUAGCGCAACAGUGUUUGUGGUGGUUGAUGCAGAAGCACAAGGGGCGGGGCCAGAUCCAAGCACCAAAACAAGGGAGCUGGGCUUAGACUGUUAAAUGCAUAAGCCUGACUCCAUGAUUAUGGUUUAACUUGGUUACUUCUUAAAUUACCCUUGGUCCUGACUGCUAUUUCACAGACUUGUAUUAUGUCUUUGAUAAUAAUAUUAUUUUAAAUUAUAUUAAUAUAUCUACUCUAGGCUCAGAUGAUGCAGAGACCACUCUUCUGAAAGCUGUCUUACUCCACGUGAUCUGCCUUUAUCAGCAAGCUGUUCCCCAUUUAGUAGCACAGAGCAACUUUGACUUUAGCAAAUUAAUAAAAGGUAAUUUAAGUGUCUUCAAAUUUUGAAGUAAGGCACACAUUGAAAAUCAUUUGUAUGAUAUGUAUGCAUGCAAAGCUCUGCCACUGAUCUAUAGCCCUCACAUAACAUUUUGCUGUUAGACCUCUUCAUUUUCCCAGGGUUUUAAAUAUUUGUUGUGUAUUGCAGUGCUUAAAUGUUUUAUACUCCUUGAUCUAUUAUGUUCCUUUUUGUUGUUUUAGUUAGUUUUUUCCUCUGUAAUUUAAUGUUUUUAUUGAAAUCAUGUAAGCUCUGGAAAUAUAAUGCAUGGAAUAAAAUAUUAUUAUUUUCCAACCACAGGCAUUAUUACUGAAAAAGGACUGCGACAGGAGAUCCCACCUGUUCUACAAUAUCACAUUAUCAAAGUGGCUCUAGAAUUGCCUGCAAACAAGUUUUCCUGGUUCAAAAUGCAGGUUGGAACAUGAGGGUUAUUUUUGUCUCCUAUAUUAAGACCAGCUGUCUUACUCAUUGGUUUCCUAAUCUGCUUUGUCUGUAAGGCAGUCAUAAGAUCCAUUUCGUCAAGAGACCUGUGUGUUGUGAGCAGUUAUAUUCACGUUAUACAAGUAGUGAUGUUCUCAGAGGUAGCAAUAAAGCUUUGAACAUGCUGUAGGGCAGGGAUGGAGAACCUUUGGCCCUCCAGAUAUUGCUGGACUACAAGUCCCAACAUCCCAACACUGGUGGCUGAUAGGAAUCACUAUUAUUAUAAUAUAUAUAUUCAUAGGUAAAGGUAAAGGGACCCCUGACCAUUAGGUCCAAUCAUGACCGACUCUGGGGUUGCGGCGCUCAUCUCACUUUAUUGGCUGAGGGGGCCGGUGUACAGCUUCCGGGUCAUGUGGCCAGCAUGACUAAGCCGCUUCUGGCGAACCAGAGCAGCGCAUGGAAACGCUGUUUACCUUCCCGCCGGAGUGGUACCUAUUUAUCUACUUGCACUUUGACGAGCCUUUGAACUGCUAGGUUGGCAGGAGCAGGGACCGAGCAGCGGGAGCUCACCCCGUCGCGGGGAUUUGAACCGCCAACCUUCUGAUCGGCAAGUCCUAGGCUCUGUGGUUUAACCCACAGCGCCACCCACGUCCCUACAUAUAUUCAUAUAUAUAUAUAUUCAUAAAUAUAUAUAUAUUCAUACCCCGCCUUUUUUCCUUACAGGGAUUCAAGGCAUAUUACAGAUAAGAAUAAGAGCAGCUAGAUACAUUGGGGGGGAUCAAUAAUUUUUUGAAAAAUAAACAUUGAUAGAAUCAAAACCAUCUAUCAUCUGUCUAUCUGUCUAUCUAAUGUAUUAAAAACCAUACAAACAAUUGCAAUAAAAACAGGAUUUUAUUUUAUUUUAUUGAUUGAAUUUAUAUACCGCCCUAUGCCCAGAAAUAUACGCACUAGCCCUUUUGUUAAAAGCAGUGAGUCCCCAAAUCCGGUUAGAACAAGAAAGUUUGCACCUUCUGGCAGAAGGACACCAAGGAGGGAGCCAGUCUGGCUUCUUCAGGGAGGGAGUUCCAAAGUCUGGGAGAGCAACUGAGUCCACCAACAUCUGGAGGGCCACAGAUUCACCAUCCGUACUUUAGGUCCUCUAGUAAGAAUAAACUGUAGUUCAGGAAGAAGAAUUGCUGCGAGCUGUCCCUGGCUCUUAAAGCAAAAUGCUUACAUAGGAUUUUCUCCACUGGCAUGAUUUUACUUUGUAUACAGGUAUUUUCUAAAGAAGAAAGCCUCUCCCUGAUUUAACUACAGAAAAGUCUUUUGAAAGUUUGUGUUUAGAACAAGAAGUGACUUUGCAGAGGCUAGGAAUGACUGUGCCCAUGUCUGUGCCCACUUCUGCCCUUUGCAUUUUAACUAGGAAUGUGGUUAUUUUAUCUCUUUUGUAACACAUGUGGCGUGGCAUUUGUAUAAAUGGAAAAGGAUUGGGUCUGGGGCACGGGAUAAACACUGAUAAAGCUUUGCCCUUCAGCAGGUAUGCCAAACAACUUGUUUGGGAGGCUCAGAAUUUCACAAAGAGGACUGUUUUCUCAGUUGUGUGAGAUUCUGAAUGAAGACGGGAGCACAGACAACGGAUCAAAUGACUAUUCAAAGUGAAAUUACAAAAGUCCUGUUUGGGCAGUUACCUUUAUUAGGACAACCAGUAUGUCACAGGAAGGCAAGCGAGCUUUUGAUUCUCCAGAAUUCUUCAUUAGGCUGGAGUUGAACAAAGGGGUGGAGGAGAAAAAAGAGAAAGCUGGCUUGGGGAAGGGCUGUAGCCCAGGCGUACCACAUCUGCCUUUCAUGCAGAAGGCCAAGUUUUAACCCUAACAUCUCCAGGUACGCUGGAGGGCUGCUGUCAGUCAUUGCAGCAAGAUGGACCAAUGGUCUGACUCAACACAAAACACCUUCUUGUGUUCCUAAGAUUUUGAAGCCACAAAGUCUGCUUUUAAUCAUAUAAUGUAGGUAAAGACUGCAGAGGUAAUAGCAUUAGGUUCUCCUAGGUGCUAUGUAGCUUUCAAAAUUAUGAUUAUAUUUUCAGAAAUGGAGGCUUAGCUGUUACUGGUCUAGCAAUCCUAGGUGUGGCUUGAAAGCUUUAUAGCACCUAGCCCCACCUACGGUUUAAGACAAAGGCCAUGUUUGCACAUAAUGAUAAAUAAGACUUUCUGUCUUAUUGUGGUUUAUUAGGAAUGAGAAACAUGUUGGUACAUACCACCUGAUCUCUCCCAAUUUGCUGCUGCUCCCCUGGUGCAAGCUAGAUGAACAAACCAGCAGGGCUUAGCAUCCUUUUACAAUCCAAACCAAGGAUUGUGGUCUCUUGCUCCAUUACAGGUCACAAAUCAGCAGUUGUAGUUUUAGGUUAUGUCAGGGCACAUCCAGCUUGGAUGUAAUGAGAAGUCAAGGCUUUCUCACAUCAGGAAAGGAGCAAAGUGGAUGCAACUGGGCUAUGCAUGCCACAAGCACACCACUUGCCCUGGUGAACCAUGUAAGCCAUAAAAUCUGGCUUACCAUUACAUAUGAACACAACAUUUGACUGAGCUCUUAUUUUUAAUGAAUUUAUUUCUUUAUUUAUCGGAGCUUCCAGGGUAUACAAAAACAAAUGCAGUAUUUGUGGCUUGAACAUCAAGAGAAUUUUCUUUUCUUCCUCUCCCCUGUGUCUCUUAACGUUAGACUUAACGUCCAACCUGAUAGAACUUAAAAACUUGGUUACUAUUUUGUGGCACUUUGGUCCUAUAAAUGUAUUGCUUAACUGUGAAUGUUUAAUUUUUCUUAUGGACCAACAAGAUAUAUUUCGCUUUUUGUGUUCAAGGGAAGUGGGGAACUCUGAAUUGUUCAACCUUGACCCCCAAGCUCUAUGAAAGCAGAGCUGGCACUUGGCACAGGUUGCCAGUAACAGGGUUAUAGGCAUCAGUCUCUGUGGAGAGACCCAAAACAAUUUUAUGAAUUGUAAUCAAUAAAGUGUGUCCUCCUAGGAUGAAGCCGAGAAGGUCUCUGGCGAAAGAUCAGUAUUUUAUUUGCUGAUGAAAAUGUUCGUAACAAGCAAUCAUUUGCACCUCAAAACGUCAACAAAGAAAUUGAUUAUUAAGGUGAGCUUUUUUUUAUCUAGUUAUCAAAAUUUUGUUGUGCCCACAGAAAAGUUGUUCACAGUGAAGACACUUUAGAACAGGCUUCCUCAAACUUGGCCCUCCAGAUGUUUUUGGCCUACAACUCCCAUGAUCCCUAGCUAGCAGGACCCCAGGGGUCAGGGAUGAUGGGAAUUGUAGUCUCAAAACAUCUGGAGGGCCGAGUUUGAUGAAGCCUGCUUUAGAAAGUUGGAGUUAGGGUUUGUAAUAAGCAUGAACACUGUACUCACACCCUGGAUUGUAUCCAACAUUGCAUGAAUGGCAUUCCACUCACACAAGAGAACUGUCACACACACCCAAUCUUUCAGAGUUGAUUUUUAGGGUGUGCAGGGAGCUGGAGGGGACAGCAAAAUUGGUUGCACACACAUAAGUCUGUUGUGUGAGUGAAAUGGAGCUGCAGGGCUGGCUAGAGCCCCUCUGUUCCAUAGAAUAUACCUCUUGUGGCCUGUUUGCUGUAUUCCCAGGAAAUUGGUUUAGUUACUUCACUUUUUAAUUUUUUCUUCAAGUCUCUGUUAUCAAGUCUGUAUUAUGGCAAUGAAUUUGGUUGUAGGUUGCGAAUACUCAUAUGCUGCUCUUCAAGGACACAAAAUAUAUUGCUUAUGGAAAUCAAGUUUUCCUUCAGAUGUUAUGAGUGGACUGAUACUUGAUGAAAUCUUCUGUGUGGGGAGGUUCAGACUUCAUGCAGGUGGUUGCAAGGCAACCUCCAGUGUGUUACUUGAGCACUUUUGUUAGGAAAAAGCACUGCCAAAAGUUACACAACUCCCCUUGGGGUUGCCCUAGUUUUGCUUUCCACCCUACAUUUUAAUGCAGUAGUGUUGUUGUUUUUUAAAUGAAGUCUAAACUGGGUGAUUUAGCAGUAAAAUCCAGCCCCUCACUUCACCUUCUGAACAGCUGACUGGUGUGAUUACAGCUUUUACAGGGCCACACACACAUGGCCCUAGCUGCUGGAUGAGCUGGGGAAACUGUGAAUGUGAUUCUCCUUCAAGCUAGGGGUUCAUGUGUGUGAGAAGUGUGUGGUCCCUUUGUAGGUUGAGGUGAAUAAAAUUGUUUCCAUAUAAAUGUUUAUAAUUCAAUUAUUCACAGUGCUAGUCUUUUAGUUAGUUACAAAAUUUCCUCCCUGCACUUCACCCUAAGAUCCCAGGAUGGAUUGCAGUGAUAAAAUGUACAAUUAUAAAAACAGGACGCACCCCAAACAGGUUCCUGCCUCUUUUCAUAGGCUUGAAUUUGGUAGCUGGUGCUGACAGUAAAACUCUCCACCGCAACCCGUGGACAGGCUAUUCCCAUGCUGUCUGCGUUACAAUAAAGGAGAGACAGGGUUUGAUCUACCCUUUGGCAGAGUCGUUCAGGGUCCCGAGAGCCAGUUUGAAUGAUCCUUACCUAAAGGAAUCCUUACAAAAUGUUCUCUGGACUAAUAGUUCCAUCUUUUUUCAGAAAUAAGAAAAAAAUAUAAUAUAUUUAUAUUAUAAAAACAGGAAAGAAACAUAAUUUCAAAGCAUAUGAAAUCAUUCCAAAUGGAACAGAACAGUAUAAAUUCAGCACAAGAGGUGGGUCCCAUGAAACAAAAUACAGUGGUACCUCGGGUUAAGUACUUAAUUCGUUCCAGAGGUCUGUUCUUUUUUUCUUUUUUUAAAAAUAAUUUUUAUUCAUUUUCCAAACAAGUUUUAUACAGUCAACAAAUUAUUUUACACUCAUGCUUCAAUUUUUGACUUCCCUCAGUUUCUCUGUCAAUCUUUCAAAAAAUUUCUAUUUAUUGACGCAUUUCUAAACAUGAUAUUGCCUUUCCCCACUCCUUUUCCUCUUACUCUCUUUUUGCAGUAUUUCUUACUAUUUCACAGAGUCUCUUCAAAACCAACAAGCGUUGUCUGUACAUCACAUAUAUUUUUCAGAUAUUCUGUAAAUUUCCCCCCAGUCCUCGAUAAACUUUUGGUCUUUCUGGUAUCGAAUCUUCCCAGUCAAUUUGUCCAAUUCUGCAUAUUCGGUCAAUUUCCUUCUCCGUUCUUCCACUGUUGGAAUUUCUUCCUGUUUCCAUCUUUGGGCCAAAAGUAUCCUUGCAGCAGUCACUGCAUAUUGAAACAGUUUACAGUCUCUCUUAUUGAUUUCGUUUCCUACCAUUCCUAAUAGAAAGGCUUCUGGUUUUUUAACGAACGUAUAUUUCAACAUCUUUUUCAAUUCAUUGCAUAUCAUUUCCCAGAAGUCUUUCACCUUUUUACACUCCCACCACAUAUGAUAGAAAGUACCUUCUUUUUCUUUACAUUUCCAGCACUUAUUGCAUGUUUUAUACAUUUUGGCCAGUUUAACUGGCGUUAUAUACCAUCUGUAAAACAUUUUCAUUACAUUUUCUUUCAACGCAGUACAUGCCGUAAAUUUUAGCCUUUCAUUCCAUAAUUUCAUCCAAUCAUCAUACUGUAUAUUGUAACCAAAGUCUCUUGCCCAGUGUAUCAUUACUACUUUUACCUCUUCAUCUUUUGUAUGCCACUCCAGCAACACUUUAUACAUUUUAGACAGGUUUUUAUACUCAUUAUUCAAUACCUCCACUUGGAAUUUUGAUUCUUUAUCUUCAUACCCACACAUUUUACAAUCUUUUUUAAACAUUUCAUUAAUCUGAAAGUAGUGUAACCAGUCGUAAACAAAUUCUUUCACCUCUUCAUAAGUUUUCAUUUUCCAUUUCCCCCCCUCUCUUGUUACCAAUUCUCCAUAUGUUAUCCACCUCCAGAAGUCUGUUCUUAACCUGAAACUGUUCUUAACCUGAAGCACCACUUUAGCUAAUGGGGCCUCCUGCUGCUGCUGCACCGCCAGAGCAUGAUUUCUGCUCUCAUCCUGAAGCAAAGUUCUUAACCCGAGGUACUAUUUCUGGGUUAGCGGAGUCUGUAACCUGAAGCGUAUGUAACCUGAAGCAUAUGUAACCCGAGGUACCACUCUACUAUAGCUGUCAAAGGCCAGGGUGUAAACAGGUGUGUUGCCAGCAUACAGCAGAAGCUGACCUUAGAAGAUACUGAACACUUCUCUAUGGGGUAGGAAUUCCAGAAUUUAUAGACAGCCAUAAAUAAAGAAAGAAAGCCCACUCUCAGGUUUCCACUUCUGAGGGCAGGGCAGUACUGCUGAAAGGGCUCCCUCUACAGAUCAUCACACCCAAGAAGAUCAGUAGGAAUAGAGACAGUAUUUUAUUUACAUGGCCUUUAAACACUAACGUGAGCGCUAUUGGUGUAUGCUAUGGAAUUGGAAUGGAAGGCUCUUGCAAGAUGGGGCUUUUGUGCCGGCAUAGAUAAAGGAAAGUGGUUGAGGAGGGAGCAACACAUGAGGCUUAUAUACUUUUAAAUAACCUGUUUUUCCAUUAAUUGUGGUAUGUUUUUAAAUAGGGGUCAAGGUAAAAAUGACUCUGCCAUCUGCUGCUGUUCUUUCUUUAAAUCAAACAACCAAAAUGAGAGCUGACACAGUGGCGUAGCGUGGGUUGUCAGCACCUGGGGCAAGGCAAGUAAUUUGCGCCCCCUAACCCGUGGAUUUGCGCCCCCUAACCCUAACCCCCAGAUGUUGCACCCGGUGCGGCCGGCCCCCCCUGCACCCCCCACGCUACGCCACUGAGCUGACAUACAAAAAUAGAACUGAAAGCUUUGCAUGAUAAUUGUUUUUUUAACAGGUUCUGCACGACAGUGGAGUAUUUGAGUAUACCUGGAAAGAACUUGAACUGUGGCUUGAACACUUGGAUAACACAGCAGAAGGCAAAAAGGAAGCAGUGAUUCAGUUUUUGGAAAGGGUAAUAAAUGUGCAAAUUAACCAGAUUAACAAUGCCAAGAAUAGCAUAUGUGGGGACUUAUUACCUUUUGUUGUUUUGAAGAGGAAAGUGUUUUGAAAAAUCAUGAAUGGAUUCUGAGAACUCACAUCUCCUAGACAUGGAAGGGAACAAAGGAGAUGAGUGAUAGGAAAAGGCUUUUGUUAGAGAUUUCCACUACAGUGGGUGGCAUUGACAAAAGAUUGUUUUUCACCAUCAGUUUUAUAUCAGCAUCUGCUGUUAUAGCAGAGUGAACAAAGAACAUGGGAAGGAAAUGCAGCAAAGUUAUGUAAACCAUGAUUUAAUCCUACCAACGAUGCUAUCCUUUUUGUGUGUGGAAGCUGUUAGUAGCAUGCAGGAAAAACAUGGUGUGGACUAGAAAGAUCACAGGCAGUACACUGCAUAAUAAAAGUAAUACUUGGUUCUAGGAAUGCAAUUUUAUUAUAGAAUCAAAAUGAAUCCAUAUUAUACCCACCCCCAAAAAAGUCAUCAGUUGUUUCAUUCACGUUUUGUAUAUGUUUUAAUGAGCUCAGGUACCAAAAUACAUGCAAGUCUGCUGGUUUUAUGUAUGCAAUGAUAAAGCAUCUGUUUUUCAGCCACUGUGAUGGUUGACUUUUGUUCAAUUGUACAAGAAGAUGAAAUGUUUAGGCUCCAGGACACCACAUUAUAUCUUUGGCUGACACCUGUGCCAUUAUGUGUGGAAAUGUGUUUUGGCAUCUAAAGUACAUACUCACUGCUAGAUUUCUCAAAAUAUUUUUCAGGGGUAUGUUUAAAUGUAUGCAAGUUCUUCACAAAAUCUUGUAGGCUGCCGUGAAAUGUUACAUUGCUCACUGGGGCUGGUGCAAAUUUGAGUCCAACAACAUCUGCAGGGCUAAAGAUUCCCCAGACCUGCUUUAUGCUUACAGUUAAUAGCAUUGCUCCCUUACUAUCUUUAUGAUUAAACGUUUCUAAUGAAAGCUCACUUUCCAUUGCAGAUCUUGGUAAAACUGGUGACCAACCCCUAUCCAUACACAGAUAAAGCAGCAGACCUUGUCCAGGAGGCCAGCAUUCUCCAGGUCAACUUGUUUAAGCAAGAUGUUGAUAACGCCAGCAUACCCAUCUCUCACAUUGACGGUAUGUUCACUUUGGGGGGGGGGGGUGUCAUUAUGCAAAUCUUCCACAAUUUUGCUGGAAAAUUACAUGUAGCCAGCAUUUUAGAAACAGGCAGAAAUUUUUAACUCGGGAGGGGGGCAAUACUGUUUUGUUUUGUUCUUGUUUUUAUUAUGUGGUUUUAUUCUGUAUUUGUGGUUUUAUUCUGUAUUUUUAUGCUGUGAACUGCCCUAAGAUCUUCGUAUGAAGGACGGUAUACAAAUUUAAAUGACAACAACAAUGCAAUCCUGUGCAUGUCUACUUGGAAGCAAGACCUUUGAGUAUAGUGUGUGUAGGAUUGCAGCUUUGGUUGCCUUCUCAAGCUACACUGCAGUUGCUGACAUAGAUUUGCAGCUUUUUCUAAAUGCAAAUGGGAUUUUGCAUCUUUGCUUAUCUUCAGGAUCCUAGGCCAGUCCAGAGAGUUAAUUGGAUUUGGGUUUGCUUCCGAAUUACAGGACUAAGGUCAGGUUUCUAUAUCACAGUUUCUAUACCCUUCUGUUGUUGUUCAUACACACAGAAGUUCAUACUACAGAUGGUUUGUCAGUUAUUACUACAGUUUGUCAAUCUAGGUACUCCACCAAAUCAGAGUUAACAUUGACCAUGGUUUCUGAUACUGAUAGGCUGGCUGAUUGCAACACAUGGUUUGUCAGUUCACAUACUACACCAAGCCGUCAUAAUUUUGACAUGGUGGCUGAAUAAAGCCACUGAGCAGUUGCUAGCUCAAAUCAUUUAGAAACAAUAGACCAUCAUCACUGAAUUCUCACUGAACACAUUUAAUGUUAAUAGACCCGAAAUUUGGCAUCUCUUUUGAGUUUCUAGGUCCCCCAUCCCAGCAUUUGAUAUAGCAGAUUUCUUGGGAUGAACCAAAAAGCCUAAAUGGUGUGCUACACACAAAAUAUUCGAAAAUCAUUCAAGCAGAAUUUACUGUUUUCUGUUAAGAUCUAUGCAGGAUUGUGUUUUGCUAUUUUUACUGAAUGUUUUGUUUUGAGUAAUGUACUUGAGAUCCUGUUAUUCGGCUUCUGUUGACUGUUGACCCAUUUGUUUGGGUUCUAGAAACAACCUUCAUCUAAACUAAGCUUUUCCCCCUUUCAAACUAGAUGUUCUGGAUAUGAUCGAUGUCAUUGUGGAAGGCAAUGAAGGCCUAAAUGAAGAAAUUGGAUCUACUUUAAAUGAAGACAUGAUUGUCAGCACUUUCCCAUUUAGUGCUGUCGUUCCUGCUGCUUUGGAAGCCAGGAACAAGUUGCUUCUUGAGGCUGAUGGGAAUGCAAGAGGUAUUUCCUUCCUAUAUUUCUUUUGCAUGCUUUAAUUCUUAAUAAUAUCGGCAAAGCUUCCCUCUGAGUUCUGACAAAAUAAUAAUAUUAGUUGUUGCUGUCAUGGAAAAGGUUUUUAAGCAACAGGGGUUCUUGUUGAUUUGAGUUUCUUGCCUACCCAUUUUUUAAUGACUACAUGUGCUUUUUAAAAUGCUCAUAAGUAUAUCAGGGUGCUAACCAAUAAUUUAGAGGACUGACUUUUCAAGUUAAGAAGCCGUACAAUUCAAUCUGUGUUUUGUUUUGUGUCUUUAGGAGAAGGCAUAGUGGAGUAUCUCAUCACCGUUUUCACUGACCUCCUGCAUUCUCAGAGAGACCCCUUAGCCCUUUGUUUGCUGUUUCAGCUCUAUGAUAAAGAACUCCAGACUGUCUCUCCUCAACUCCGUCAAUUCAACCACUACUACAGUCUUUGGAUACCAGAGCAAGCUAAGGAAACUCUGGUAAGCAAGGCAACAAGUAUUUUCAGCUGCUUAAUUUGAUGAUGAGCUCACACUGACUGCAUUUGGAUGUCACACUAAACCACUGUUUGAUGUGUUGACAGUGAGCCUCUGCAAGCCUCAUGAUGGCAACCCCAACCCAGGUGCUUUUGGUGCAGUAGCAAGAAAGAGUUCAGAAGAUUGUGCUGAUUUCCACUAACCACAGUUUAGCAUGUUGCUUGAAUCCUAAACUGUGGUUAAGGUAGAUUAACCAGUCUCAGAAUCCAUGGUUAACAUCAGGCACCCCCAACCUUCGGUCCUCCAGAUGUUUUGGACUACAAUUCCCAUCAUCCCUGAACACUGGUCCUGUUAGCUAGGGAUCAUGGGAGUUGUAGGCCGAAACAUCUGGAGGGCCGCAGGUUGGGGAUGCCUGGUUAACAUUAACAUGGCCUGUUAGUUUGAAUAGCACAACAAGCUAUGAUUAGACAAAACCCCUUCCUUCCUGUCACAAUAGAGUGGGAGGGUAAUGUGUGAGUUCAAGGCUUGCUGCAGUGUGUUCUUGUCACAUAAAUUGUGGUUUAGCGCAGGGUGGGGAAACUUGUUUCAGGCUGAUGGCUAUGUGCCUUACAGGGCAAUAAUAUUCCAGUGGCCAUUGGUAACGGUGGGUGGCGCCAGAGGCAGAAGUAGGUGGGGCAAUGGGUGCAACUGUUAACUUUGUACAAUAGGCUACAUUCCAGCCACAGAAAGGCAGAGGUUUCUAUACACAUGUCUGUAAUGAUGUUUCUUUCUUCCCCCCAACCCCGCUUUCUGAAAACAUGAAAUACAUUUUAAACAUUUCCAGCAAGGCAGAAGUGAGUACGUAGACGAUUGCCUCUUGCCAGAUUCCUCCUUUUCCUCCCUGCUGAAGAAUGCCUAUCAGAAAGGUGUUGCAAUUCUGUUGGAAGAGGGGUUUGAAGAGAAGCUAAGGGAGGCUAUUUCCCAACUCCAGCCUCAGCAGUUCCUGUUAGCUUCAAAGCACGUCCUUCUUUGCCUAAAAACAACCGUGGAGAAUUUCAACAGUGUAAGAGAUGUUUUCUCUCCUUCACCCUUUUCUAAGAUUAUUGGUUAUAAUCGCUUCCUUUUUUAUUCCCACACCAAGAGCUCUUUUACAGAUUAUGUGGCAGUAAAUAAGUGCUUGGCUGCCACAGGUGCAUAUACCUGAGAAGUGUAUCAAGUUUCGGCUCCUAGGCCUGCAUGAUGGGCACUGCAGAAAUGAACCUUUCGCUCUAUUGAAAUGUCACAGUUUUAAGAAUAUUCACAAAAUAUGUUGCAUGCAUCUAGCUUUUAAAAAAACACAUUUUCAAGUGUUACAAAGAGAAAAAUCACAGACUUUUGUGUAUGUGCUGACAUGCUCUGCAGUGCAGUGCAAUGAUGUAGUUUCUCUGCUUGGUCCUUUCCCCAAGUUUUCCCUUUUCUGAAAUUUAUCAUAAUUUUCUAACAGUUUGGCAAAAAUUUGGGUCUCUCGCUUCUCACCCUGUUUGUGGAUCUGCUGAAGAGCUUGUUGCACAGGGGGGACGCCAUAGAACUGUGUGGUCAGCAGAAAGAGAAAAAUACACAAACCGAAUCUGAUCUCUUUGUGGAUGCAGAGUGUCUGAUGGCAGCAGAGACUGGAAACGACAAGGUAAUAACUUUUCUCGGUGUUAGUGUUUAUGAAUGUCAUCCUAGUUAAUCGGCCCUUGGAGAGGGGGGUGGAACCUUCUGGCAAUUAUGCAUAAACGCUUACAGGUGCAGGCAAUUGUUGUGAGACAAAAAAUUCUGUUCAAAUUACGUUUCCUCAGUGAAGUGGAAAGCCAUGCAAGGGGAGAAUGACUCGAUUCUUCUGUUACUUAGGUAUUUUUAGACGGAAUAAAGAUAAAAUCCUAGUCCUGCAGUGUUUCUUAAUCAUGCACCUUCACUUCCAUUCACUGGCCAUUUGUCUGGGAGCUGGCUCAGUUCAUUCCAGACCAUGACUUCCUUGACCAGUAAAAUAACAAGGGCAGCUCUCUUAGGGAGCCAGCUGACAAGCUUAGGGUGGGGGGUUAUGAGAGGGCAGGGCCACGGCAUCCUUGCAGGAACAAGGGCCAGAGGGAUCACUGGAGCUGAUGCAGUUCUCCGGCCUCAAUUGGGCAUUAAUAAAAAUAAUAUGUAUAUACCAGGGUGGUUCACAAGAUAAAAAUACAGGAUAAAAGCACAAAGAGCAAAAACACAACAAUAAUCUCCCUCCCACAAACACUUUUAAAAGGCCAUAGAAUAUUAAUCAGCCAUAGUCCUGAUUGCCUAUCACAUGACGGAUUCUGAGCUUCCCCUGCUUCUGACAGGUCCUGGGUCUCUGGGCAGCUUAACAGGGACCUUAAAUCAGUUGGGUGAUGUCUUUAAUUGUAACCAUCUCCAUUGCAGAUACUGGGAGAAGCGCUUCCUUUGGUCUUCAAACACCCUACGCUGGAGAAUUGGUUCCUGGCUGUAGAACAACGUUCUCUCCCUCCCCAUAGUUUAAGCCCAGUUAAAGUGAAGCUGCUUGCUGCUCACCUAAACCGUGGCAUUCUUGAGUUGCUGAAGGUGGGCUGCCCAAUGUUGCAAGCCAGGAACCAGCUAGACACACUCUCUAGAUAUUUCGAAGCCGUCACUAAAACUGUCUUGGAAGAACUGCAUGCUGGGAGAAACGAUGUCUGCAGGUUACAUCCCAAAAGGUCACAGCAGGUGGAGGCACUGCAAGAACUGCAACUGUACAUGGAUACCCAACAACUGAAGGAAGUGACUUUGGCUAUGCUGCAGCUUCCCAAGGUGAUGCUGGCCUCCAAGACAGCUGAAAGCAUUUCUGGAAAAGAGACAUGUUUGAGCACUUACGGGGAGACUUUGGUGCAGCUGCUCACAGACAGCUACCAAAGGGGAUCCCUGAAGGGAGACCUCUUCCUCUCAAGAGAGCACAUUCAAGGGAUGGGGACUCUCUUGUCCACUGCAGUCACAGAAGAGCUGGAAAAGGUCUUCCUGCACGCAAUACAGAAGGAGCCUGUCUUUGCCCAGGCAGUUGGAGUGGAUGUGCAGCUUUCUUGCCUUAAGCAUUCAACAAAAACGUCCCUUUCCAUUGUGGCUGUGCUGAUUCGGUACAGUCGGACUCACUUGCUGCAGUUUGAGCUUUGGUGUCUGAAGCCGGGCACUGGCAAGCUUCUGAGAAAAGAUGUGGACCUCUUUCUGCCACUUGUCAAUGCAUACUUGGACUGUCGAGAGCAGCACACAUUGAGCCACCUGUCAGAAGGUAACCAUGGUAAACCUAUAUAACACUCUUGAUCAGCUUUUUUUUAAAAAAGGGAUUGCAAUUAUUAUUUUUUGCCAUUGGAUGAAGAGUAUGAUUUUGAAAAAUAAAGUUGUAAAUGCCAGUGGUACAGUGUUUGGAGGUUUUCACACUGAAAACUUCAAACCUUGUUUGUUAAGUGGGCCAGUUAAUGGUUCAGAUGUUAGUUUCCCUGCAACUUUAUUACCAGGGAAUUUGGUUUUUUUUCUACCUUUAAAUUUUGUUUCCAAGUUCUCCUGCCGAUCUUAGCUUGCUUCCAUGGUUCUAUUUUUUAAAAUUAUGUAACCAAAAUUAUGUGAGAAACUCUUAACCAGGACCCAGUUUUAGAGCAGCCUGGUAUAAACCUUGCUUGGCUGUCCCUUUCCAAGAUAUCAGAGUUUGUGAUUUCUCUUUAGGCUAGUAGUUCUAGUAUGUCAUUCCAAGGACUUGAGACUGUGCAGUGGCCUCUGGUACAUGCAUUAGAGUAUGGGCCUGUGAAAUGCUGACGGAUCCACCUUUGUGACUGUUGCGUUGUCCUUUCCUACAGUCUCUUCAGCUGUUACGUCCAUCUUGAGAGAAACUUUGUGGCCACAACUGCUGGGCAUUCUUCUGAAUAGUGGUUCAUCUCAGCCAUUUGCUGAGCAGUGUCAAGUUCUUUCCAAGUUACUGCCACCUCCAGAAACCGAGCCAUUCACUAAUUUAACAGAGAAAUUACUUUUAUCUCUUGAGACGGCGGGAAAUCAUGAACAGUAAGUCUACUUAUUUUUUGCUUAUUAGUUCCAGUUCUCCAUAUUGACCAGUCGAUUACAAUAAACACAAGCACAUGCCCUCCAUUCUCACGUACCUGCUGUCAAUGUGAGGUAGUAUUUCAAUACUUCAGAUAGAUGGAAAUCAUCUAAAGUAUAUCAUCUUUUGCUGAGUCCCAUCAGUGGAGGUAAAUACCAGACGGAACAUCAAUGUUGGGGGGGUAUGUUUAAUGUUAAUAAUCAGAAUUAAUGAAAUAUGGUAAAAUUUAAUAAUAAGAUAAGAUAAAAAUGUUGGGCAAAUGUGAUGACUGCUACGCUUUGGAAACUUACACGAGAUAAAAUAAAAAUGUGAUAAACUUUAAUAAAAAUGUAGUAAGCUUCACUACUGCAGCUUGGCUAGAUCAGAAUGCCUGUUGCAUUUUUCUUUUUUUAACACUGAUCUGUGUCUGUUAUCAGAAGAGAAAGAGUUGCUUCAAGUAUGAUGCCAAACCUGUUUGACGCUAUUUGAACGAAGUCUGCCCAUACACUCCGCCAUCAUCCCCUGCCAUGAUCAGCCAGUUGCCAGUUCUCUGGAUCAUUUCUUCAGCAUUAAUCCAUAGUUCACCAUUAGAUCUGAAAUGUGCUGAUAUUGUCAUUUGCUUGCAAACAAGGUUUGCAAACCAUGGUUUUGACCUGUUUUGCAAUCCUGAUUUUUAGGCAAAGUAUUGGUUUGUGCCAACCAUUGUUCGCCUGAUUCAGAUGUUAUGACAAACUAUUGUCUGCUGCUGAAUCUGAACUGAAGGAGGAAACCAGAGCAGGGAAGGAGAGGGAGCAAAAGGCUCAUCCAUGUACGAUCAAACUAAGUUUGGCAUUUUGUGUGAACUGGGCCAAAGAAAUGAAGCUUCUUUUGCACCAGGAUAGCGAUGGACAUUUUAUCACAAAGAGAGAAACCAUAUGUGGUGAUCAUGAUGACUCACUGUACAAUUACUCUCCUGAUCUGCAAAGUAUUCCAUCCCAUUGUGUUUAACGGUCUAGCAAAACAUGCAUAAGACUUCUGCAACCCUCCAUAAUGCCUAAGAAGUCACUAGUCUAGACCAAUCAGUGGCUGUGUAUUUUCAAUAGGGGGACUAUCCUCAAUAGGGGGACUCAGGGCACUGCUUACAUCCUCUUCUGAUUUAGCAGACCUUCCAGGUCUAGAAAGCAACUAAUAAACGCUCCAUUUCCCAGCAUUUCAAGCUUAAGGUUGGGGGGCAGUAGUUGACAUGAACACAAAAGCUACCAUUUCAUUACUCUUUUCAAACCUCUCUAGCUGGGUGAUUGCUGACGCUAUAUCCAGAGCCCUGGAGAGCUCUGCAGAGAAGUUGCAUUCAUGGAGGAAACGCCUGCUAGUUGCCUGCAUGAAGUGGUUGAUCCUCACGUACAGCAGUAACAGAGAACAAGAAGCCCGCUCGGAAAUUGAGAGUGCCUUGCUGUUGAGGCUAGAGAAACUACUGGUGAGAAUUAGGGGAUUCCCCCCCCCCCAAGUUGUUGGACAUUAUUCUAAGCAGGGUGGAGGCGUAUUAAGCAACAACCGCAGCAGAGUAAUGUGACCACUGGAGGGUGCAUAUGCACAGGCUGUUGUACAUGAAAGUGCAAAUUUCUUUAGAAAAUUAUUCCUUGCUCUAUCUACUUUCUCUACCUUUUUCCAGCUUCAGCUGUGACCCUCCUGACAAAACCAAACCUUGCCACAGACACCCAUAGUCCAAUGACUUGCAGGCUAGAUUACUGCAACAUGCUCUGCAUAGGGCCACCAUUGAAAAGUGUUCACAAAUGUCAGCCGGGGCAAGAUUCAGCUAGGCACUUUGGCUUUAUCAUGCCCGUUUUGUGUGAUCUGAUUGAUGGCAGGUUUCCUUCUGUGCUCAAUUUAAGGUGUUCUGUUUAACUUUUAAAGGCAUAAGCAGCUUAAGAGCUGCAUAGUUUAUUCCAUAUGAGCUUCCCUCCAUACACGAAUCAUCAUCUGAGGCCUUCCUCCAGAUCCCAUGAAGAAUGCUUGGCAGUGACCAGGGCCUCUUCUGCAGGGAACCCACCCUAUGGAACACAUUGCUAAACAUGCUGCAUCAAGACGGCUUUUGGCUGAGCAUUUCCUCUCUGUUGUAUUUUGAUGUUUUAAUGCUGACUGCUGCCUGGACAUUUUUUGUGGUCUUGGCUCCUCAUGCUAGUAUUUUGGUUUAUGAUUUUAGUUCAGUGGUUCCCCACCUCCCACGGACCACCUGAAAAUUGCUGAUGGCCUUGACAGGCAGCUUAAUGAUUUUUCAGCCUGUUGUAGCCAUUGUAAUGUGCUGUGCUAGAUACUGUAUUAUUUUUAUUUAUGGGGAUUUUUGCUGCUUUUCCCCCUUGUGAUUUCUAAUAUUGCAAUUUGCAUUCCCACGAAGCGUUAUCCCUGCACCACCACAUGCCCACUGUCUUAUGUUUUAAGUGUUGUUUUGCUGUUUCCUACCUACCUAGAACGCAAUAACUGAAGUGGCUCCAGAAGACUGGCACAGUUUUGUGAAGAUGGGACUCAAGUAAGCAUGUUUAGGUUUAUAAGAGUAUUUUUUGCUGCUACAAUGACAUACAACACUGAGCUUAGGGUUGCUUAUGGCUCACUAGGCAGUAGUUUUGCUUCUGUUAAUAGAUGUUUACCAAUUGAUAUCAUAUACAGUACUUUUAAAACGGUGUGGCAAGCUGCUUCACAGACCAAACCAACACCUGGGAUAUAAUUCUUUCUUUCAUUCACUUUGCAGGCAGAGUGCAUUAUUUUUAUCUCAACGUCUCUUUAAAUCUCUGUCAUGUAGGUACCGUUAUACAGACCAGGGCUUUCUGAAAACUCUGAAUGCAGCUAUCAAUUUGCUGUACCAGAAAGGAGUCCCUGCUGCUCAGAGAUUAGUGAAGCUGUCGGUGCUUUAUAUGAUGAUCACGCAGCACUCCUUAUUUUUGUCAACUAUGCUGAGGUCGCAAGAAGGUGAUGACACAAACAUUCAUGAAAGAGGUAUCACCUUCUCAUUUGUUUCCUUGUGCAUCUAUAUAUAACCCAAGUGUCUUUCACGUGUUGUUUUUCAUCCUUCCACUUGCCAGCCCACCUAGAUGUUUUCAGAGCUGCUCUAUCUAGAACAUAAUUAUUUUAGCAUUUACCUUUUAACAUAUUACUAACUCUUCUCCAUUAUCAUUGUGUUGUCCCUUUUCUGUAUAUUUUUUCAGCUCCAGUGCCUUUUCUUACUAUUUGUUUGCAUUUGGAUUGCAUUUAUUUAUCAUUGAACUUAGCAUUUCUUACUUUAUUUUUUACUCUUUGGCUAUAUAUUUCUGAAACAGUUAUUGCAGUAUUGUAUACAGCUUUGUCUGUUUUGUAAUUAAGCAUGCUAAAAAAUAGCCCACUUGUUUUGUGUUACCUGGUCUUACUGGGGUAUUGACAGUGCUAGUUGAAAUCCUCAGAAUCUCAGCUUUGUCCCUUUUUCUUAGGAAGUGGCAUAGUGGAAUUUAUCCUAGAUGCAAGGAAUAGGUGGAGUAAUGCAAACUGAAAGGAUCUGGGCUACACAGCAUCAUUUAAGAGCUUACAAAAAGGAACCCUGGAAAAACCUAUGCAAAAGUUGUUUAAUUAACCCCGAGACCCAUUAGUUAGCACAAGGGCAGAACUUCCCAUGUUACACUGGAUGGGGAUUAGAGGAGAAAGGAAGGAUGGCCCAAUUAAUUUCCGCACAAAACUUGAAUGAAUGUGUGAGAAGUUUGAGUAGCUGGAACCGUGUGGAUCAGUGCUGCAGAACUGCCGCUUACCUGGGCUACGCAGUGAGGAGGCAAACCAGAAGUGAGAUCAGGGCUCCAUGGGUGCACCAUUAGAGCCAAUCUGGUGCUCCCUUUAAACUUUGUUCUUCCCCCUUACCUUUGUCUUGGUAAGAGGCAGGGACAUUGGUGUCAGAAAGGCAGCGCUGCCUCACCACACUGUCCGUUCCUGGUGAUAAAAUAAUACUUUUCAAGGCCCCCUUCAUAUUGGAACACAUGUUUUCUGAAUUGAAAAAGGUCUUAAUUUUCUUCAAAAACAAAAAGCCCUAUGUGAAAGUGAUGAACAUUUCACAGUUAUAUCAUAAUGUGUUUUCCAUUUUGUUGGCAACAGUCACUGUCCACUGGGAAGUUCUCCUGCGUGGCUAAAAUGAAUGGGAGCUUUAUGAAAGCUCUCAUGGUGCUCCAUUCAUCUCAGCAGGUCUUGCCCCAGAGAAUAUCCUAGCUGUGUGAGUGACCAGCACCAUUGUUGCAAGGAAGCGCUGGAGCAACCGUAGUAUUUUCAAAUUGCUUGACAAGAGGCUAAGUCAUUUGGAAGAGGGAGAAAAAUAUUUUUACUUUUUGCUUUAGAGGCAUUAGUGGACAUCCUGCUGACUCUAGUGAAACUCUGCCCUGCGGUUUGUGAGAGCAACCAUUUUGCUGUGUUGCUUGGAGCCUACGGUGCAACACUGAGCAUUACAGGUAAGUGUAUUUGCAGUUGAAAGAGAUGCAUGACGUAAUUUUUUUUUAAAAAAAUGAGACUUCUUAAAAUGCAGCAGCCAAACUAUCAUGUGUGUCAUACGUAGUAGCUCAGACAAAUCCUGCUGUUCCUGGGUGGUUCGGGAAAAUGACCAAAUAAAUAAGUGCAUGCAUGCAUACUAAGGAGUUUAAGUGAAGUAAUUUUCCUAUCCUCUUUUUGUUCCCAUUGUCCAAAGGGAACUAUUUGAAAUGGGACUAAACAAAGAUAAAAGGAGAGAAAGAAACAGUGUCUUCAGAGACAGGGAUAGUGAUCAAGAAGUAGCAGGAGUGGUAGCUGGAAGGGAAUUGUAUUUGGAGGUUCAGAGACUGGUUGGUCUGAGGGUUGUGGCUUAGGGAAAGGAAGUACAGAGCAGUAGCCUGAGGGAAACUGAGUAGGGUGUUGUGUGUUUUGUACAACAGAAUGCCACCAAGACUUCAGUAUGUGGCUCUUAAUACUGAUCCUUAAUACUUAAUACUGACAGGCAUUCAUAUGUCAUCUGUUGUGCCUUUAGAUGAUAACUUGCAGCAGAACAUGUGCACUGCCUUCAUUGCAAAGUAUUGUGUUCAAAAUGAUGUCAGGUGAAAAACCUCUCUUGAUUAAGAUUAAAGUUCUUACUCAAUGUUGCAGAAAUCAAUAGUUGCAUGUGCCCAAAGGUUGGCACUCUAUCUAUCUAUCUAUCUAUCUAACUAACUAUCAUCUAUUUAAUUUUUCUCUUUUUUAUUUUUAGACCAGAAGAUAUUGCAGCUGCUUAAAUUGUAUGAAAAGAAUGGUCUAAGCCUUGUAAACUUCAGGUUAGUUGACUGCCAUGUUGGUCAGUGUAUCGGGUAUAUAGUGUGUACAGUGUGUGUCAGGUUUGCCUUCCUGUGGAUUACGUGCCUCAGGUAUUUGCAUAUACAAAGGGCAUGUUGAGUGGAGUUUAAACCUGUGCAGAGGAACAGUUAUUCCUUAAAACUAGUGGUAGGGAUGGGAAUGGAAUCUGAUAGACUACAGUUCCAAAGUUGACUCACCUGAUCCAUUUUAGAAUCUGAACAUUGACAGAUUCUUUCAACUCACCCUGAAUCAUUUAUGGGUUAUUCCAAGAAUCUGCCUCUCUUUUCACAUCAUACUGUACAUUCUUUUUAAAAGGUAUCUAUUCUUUCCUCUGUGAACCCACCCACCUCCUGAGGUUUAUCCCACCUUCUUCAGUGGUGGAACCCUUGGAAAUGAGUUCUAAUAUUUUUUUUAAUAGAAAAAAGCAUUUUCUUUCAUUGAGUGAUAUUGUGGCGGCUACCAAAAACAACUGUGUUGUUUAUUGCUGAUACUGUGAUACUGUGUAGGAGGCAGUAUUGCAGCCUUUCUCUAAGAGCCAAGAUGGCUAAAAAGGAACACAGCAGAGUGACUGUUGCUUCAUAGUUUAAUUUUGUUUCAAAGUGCUUUGGAAGGAAAACUAAGGUUGUCAAGGAAACACAUCCUACCUUUGGUUUCUCUGGUAAUAAAUAAAGAAGUGAAGAGAAAAGGAAAACAUUGUUCUACCAUUUACAAGUCAAAUUGCUUUGUGUAAUUGCUAUCUUCUCUUCAUAUACAAAGUUGGAAAACACAUAGCAUCUUAAUAUGAUUCCAGAAUCCUGCUUUGGGGUCCAGCUGCUGUGGAGCACCAUAAGACAUGCAAGAGUCUGGGAAGGUCCCUGUGGCAGCAGCCAAGCAUGGAAGAAAUUCUGUGUCUGCUAGACCGAGAAAUGAUGAUGAGGACCAUUCUCCAUUUCCCACAGCAUCGGCAUCUUCUGUCCACAGAGGUGCCUUAAUCUGACUGCAGAUUUCUGUCCUUUUAAAAACAUACGUACAGUAGAACUAUUUUAGUCUUAGGUCAUUUAUCUUGAAAGUGGCAUAUUCACAGUGGUUGAUUUAUAUUAAAGGGUCUUAUUCUUUUUUUUUUUUUAAUGUAACGGCUGCAUAGUCUGCCUGAAAGCUGCGAAACUGCAAUCCUUUCAGUUCAGCGAGGUUUCAGAGUUGGGUGCUAAUUAUGAUCUAGGGAUUAACCACCAAACCCUUGGGCCAAAAUUGUAGCAGCUAUUGAGGAAGCAUAAAGGUUUUUCUUGCAAAAGAGAGAAGCAGUCAGGCUGCAGAUCCUAGACACGCUUACCUGGAAACUGAAAUCAGUGGGGCUUACUUCUGCGUUGACAUGCAUAGGAUCAUAAUCCUUUAGUAGGCUAUGGUCUUACCUCCACCGUUGGAGGCAGCAUGCUUCUGAAAACCAGUAGAUGAAAACUGCAGGAAGGGGGAGCUCUGUUGUGCUCAAGCCCCGCUUGCAGGCUUCCCUAGGUAUCUGGUUGGUGACUGUGAGAACAAGAUGGACCACUGGCCUCAUCUAGCAGGCUCUUCUUAGUUUCUUAUUGCACAGCAGUCAUUGAGGUCAGGGAAAGCUGUAAAAAAAAACAACCCAAAGCAGUAACACAGCUAUCACGCAGCUAAAAAGCAUGUCAAUUAAAAUUCAGUCAUACCUUAAUUUAUGUCCUGUAUUUAGGAAGAACAGAUGCUCCUAAGCAAAGGCAAAAGCGAAGUGGCUCUUCAAGAUCUCUAUGACCCCUGUUUUCUCCUUCAUCUCUUCAGUGAAUUGUUGAGACCAGGUAUAGGAAAUGGUUUUCUUGUAUUUUAGGAAGCAUUUAGUGUGAAACUGUAAACAUAGACCCCACCCCCAAAAAGUUAUGGCUUGAAAACUGUAUCAAAGAUUUGCUAUGCAGGUCUGAGAUUGCAGCUAAGCUUGUGUGAUUUUAAAAAAAGGCAAUGGCUGAUCUCCAUUUUUGAGAAUAUUAAGUCUGUUACCCAGAUCUUUCUGCAGCCUUAAGCAAAACAAUAACGUAGAGAGCACAAAUAAAAAGAGAUGGCAGUUUUUAUAUUGACAAGGCAGGCUAUUACACUGAACCAUUUUUUGUUGGUUAUUUUGUUAGUUUUCUUCCUCCCCCCGUCCUUGCUUUAUAUAUCUCCUCCAGCCCAGUCAAAAGUUUUGACAAAACCCAAAGCACACAACAUUUUGGUUGGUUCUAACAAAUAUGUUGGCCAACUGUGGAUUUUGGAAUAUUUCUUGCUGUUUCCUUUGCUUUUUAUUUGUGUUCAUGGUUUAGUCUGAGGCCUGUGUAAUUGGACGCAAGCUCUUUAUGCACAUCUGCUGAACUAACAUAGUACACUUUAUAUGUCUGUCUUAUCUGUUUAUAAAAUGCUUCAAAAUCCGGAGCUCAUUUGCAUUGUGGCAUCUGGUUUGCGUUUGCCCAGGAGCCAUGGCAUCUUCUGAAACAGGUGGCUAGUUGAUAAUGUAAUUGCUCAUUAAACUAUUUACUCUUCAUUCAGAGCAGACAUCAGAUAUCAAAUUGACCCCAAAGGCUUUAAUUAUACUUUUUAAAGAAAACAAGAAGGGGUUUUGAGAUGGAGGAAGAACAUCAUCUGACACUGCAGCACACACAGUUUUGUGAUUCUGCAUCGUGAGCAGGCUUGGAAGGGCCGCCAGUGCACUUGGCAGUCACCGUUUUUGGUUUGCAUGCAUCGUCUUGGUACCUGCCACUUACCCGUCUCCAUUUUCCCAACCAAAAUUUUUCACUCAACAAUUGAAAAAAAGACUCAAUGCUUCUUUUUAAUAGUGAAGGGGUGUGUGUGUGUGUGUGUGUGUGUGUGUGUGUGUGUUUUCCCCCACAGCAUCUCCUGUCCUGUAUUUUGUUAUGUUGUUUUGCAGGAGUUUGGAAUCAUUAGAUUUGUCAGUGCUAUGAGGAAUAUUGGUUGCUGCUGGAUUGAUUAUGUGAAAUCUGGGUGGAGCGGGGAGAAUUCAAGUGGCUGGGAAGCUCUCCCCACCACCAGAAAAAAUAUUGUUUUGAAAAGCACUGCUUGCUUUGAUUUUCUGUUUUUGUGGAUGAUUAGUUACCUCACCUGUCCACCGACUCUUGUUUCCUUUUCCUUGUGCCUUCAUUGCCAUAGCUUCUCUUACCUUGCAGACUUUGCGUUACCACAGAAAGAAAAUCUUUUCUGGUCAGUGGCAGCAGGGCAUUCUGUGAAUGUGUGAAAGCAUUUGCUUAGGUCACAGGCAUGGCCAAACUUGGCCCUCCAGCUGUUUGAGGACUACAAUUCCCAUUAUCCCUGACCACUGGUCCUGUUAGCUAGGGAUGAUGGGAUUGUAGUCCCAAAACAGCUGGAGGACCAUGUUUGGCCAUGCCUGGCUUAGGACAUGGGAGCAUCCAGCUAAAGUCUGUCCACCCACUACAGUCAAAACCAGAUAUUUUCCCCAUUAUGAUUCCUGUAUCAUUUUUGUCUUUCUCACUAACACCAUCCAAGCUGCAGAACUUGCUUUGGUUCCUCUUUGCCUCUCUUGCUGCCUCAGUUCCCUGAGGCUUUCUCCCACUUACUGCAUCACACAAUCCUUCUUUUUAUCCUUCAAAUAAUCUUUUAAGAACCUGCUGUCUCCAUGGAAUCUUUUGACAGCCGUUCAUUCCGAACAUGCUCUGUGGAACAACCCCAAACAUGCUGGGCCAUUACAGCAGGUGGCCGAAAGGGUCUUUGUUAUAUUUUUUGCUUCCUACAUGUGUUUAUAACAGUCUCCUGUGAAGAAAUGUUCCAUAAUUGCUUCUCACUAGGCGUAAAAGCCCCAAAUGAAAUACAAAAGGGAAAAAAGACACCUCUAGAACUGAUCAUUAUCUCAGCAGCCGUUUCCCCUUGAUUUUUCCAAGGUUUUGUAAACAAAACUGUAUGUCCAACAUAAAUUAAACUUGCUGUCAAGUUUCAUUUUGCCAAGGCCGGGUCCAGCAUUGAUGUCACUCCAUAAAUUUAGGGCUAGCCCCAAAAAUACAGAACAAGAUUCCUUGUUGACAGAAUCUCUCUUUUAGUAAGGGAAGAGGGGUGGCUCAUGGGGAAAAGAUUCAGCUGUAAUUGCUCUGCCUUCUAGUUCCAAACUCUCAAUCACUAGCUUGAAGUAGAAUCACUGCUCCACAAAUAUACAUGCACUGAUGAAACAGAAAUAGAGAUCCUUAUUACCAAGCUGUAUCAAACACCACAUGGUACAAACAAAAGCAUGGUAAAGAGUAAUUAGAUCUGUUUUAAUUGACCCUGUGUGUGCACCUCGGUGUAGGGGAAGGAGGGCUACAAAGAGAGAUGGUUUGGGUGGUGCCAGAAUGGAAGGCUCCUUAGAAACUCAGGUGCAAGAGGGUUUGUGUCUUUAUUUGCUUAAGCAGAGGCAAUUCAGAGAGAUUCUAUCUUGAAUUCUUUGUUGCAGAAGAAUAGGAGAGGACAAUUUUCUAAUCAGGCAUUCAUUCACUCUUCUAGAAAUUGCUAUGAUUUAAUGUGCAUACCUAUAAUUUAGUCUUCCUUUAAAAAAUUACCUUGUAGAAGAUUUUGAGAGUUUCCUUUUUACAUUUUAAAACAUUCCUUCCCCUUCCUUUUUUCCUAUGUAGAAUGUGUUGUAGCAUAUCAUAAGUUUGUUGACGUCAAUGCCUUGGGUCUGGCAGUAGCAGCCCUUAGCAGCUAUGACAGUAACAUGCGAGCGGCAGCAUACUAUGUCCUGAGCUCUUUCCGCUCUCACCUGGAAGGGGCUCGGUUUAGAGAGCAGAAGCAGGUAAGGAGUUAACUUUAGCUUUCCUAAAGUAUGCAGUGGUUUGAAAACAUGCCUAAGACUAAACUAGCUCUGAAAGCAUCUCCUAGGAUAACUGUAUUGCUAACUGCCAAAGAUGUCAAUAGGCUUCUGAUUUUCAGGGUACUAUGUAACUUCCUUGCCCACCUCCCAGAUUUCCAAAUUGUGUAAAGGACUCAACCCACGAGUGAAAUACAGAACUUAAUAUUUCUCAUUCAUUUGUAUUAGUAAUCAUUUCCUCAUCACUUCCAUUCAGUUAUAUUAGGAUAGGUAUUCUAAUUCAAUUGAGUAUAAUUUCUGUACUAUGAUUAACAUAUACUUUCUGCAGUUCCUGAUGAAAAUCAUACUGUGUUGUCAUAUGAGGACUGUGUGUACAAUUGAGCAGUUACUGAUAGGAUUAUAUAACCAAUUUCCUAAUUAUUUCUCUCUUUUUGUCUUGUGCUUCAGUUGGUUUACCUUAUGGAUGUUGUGCAGAAUGGAAUCAGACAACCAAAUCUCAGAUUUACUUUCCCUUUGGCACUGUAUGUUUCAAGAGUAGCCCACCAAAUGCUAAAGCCAGGUAUUCUAGAACAAGUUACACCUGCUCUCUAAUCUUUCUUAAUUCAUAAGAUAACCAUUUUGUUUCUGUUAAAUUUCGGUUUGUUUUGUUUCAGAAUGAAAAACAAUGGCUUUUAGUCAAAUUGUUACUUCCAUUUUAGAUAUCCCUGUGAUCAUGAAAUGUGUGUGUCGGACUUGUCAUGCUGUAAAAUGAGAGAUUUUUAAGAUGAGCAUAGAAAUUUCUAGAGUUUAAUAAUGGAAAUGAUAAGGGCGUUUUUCAUGCUACAGUAACCAUUAUGUUUUCUUCCCAGAGGAGCACAUGUACACAAAGCUGAACAAGUUCCUUCUAUCUCAUCAGUAUUUGGAUUUGAAGAAGGUGCCUGGAUUUUUUCAGCUUUUCUACAGUUUUGAUCCAGAGGUAAUAGAAAUCUGUGUAGUUUAAACUGUCAUUCAUGAAUAGCACAAUUGUUUGCUUUCUGUUCUCUGUACACAAAAAUCUGGUACCUGUCAAGUAAUUUUCUUUUCCUGUCUGUUGCAACCAAAUCACUAUGUAAAUAGUCUUUAUAGUUGGUUGCAGCACCCAGGAUCUUCAUUUCUAAACUCUGAGCAUGGUAAAAGAGUCAUUGUUCAGACACUGAGAUUAGUGUCCAUGUGGCAGCCACCUCUUCCUGUUAUGCAAUUCUGUUCAUGCAUGGCCUCUUUAUUUUUUCCUUCUGCCAUUCACAUUUUUGAAACACAUUCCAAAUUUCAUAUUUGCAUUUUUUUUUAAAAAGUAUUUUUAUUAAAUGUUAUCCAUAUAACCCAAAUAACAAAAUACAGCAAACAAAACACAUAAAAACUAAACCAAACCACGGCAGGCAUGGGAUGUUACAUUCACAAGAAAAAAUGGUGAAGCUGGUUAUCCGUGUGUUUGCGAUAAGAUACAGACAGGCAAGUGGAGCAUCUUUUUUCCUACAUUCAGUAUGUGACUUCUUGUGACUGUAUAAGAAGGCACAUUCUGAAUGCAGAAAAAUGAAAAAAAUUGUUUAAGCCGUUUAAAAUAAGAAAUGUGUAUUAUAUUAACAACAUCACAAAUUACUGGCAUAUCUGGAAUUUAGGUUUUUGUGUGUCUGUUUGCAGCAUCAUGUGGUUUUUUUCCUUCUUUCUUCAUUUUUAUCCAGUCUGUUGGAGACAUUCCUAUAGAGUGGAAAUAGAGUGGAAAAGUUACAAUAGUAAUUUAUGCUCCCUCUUUAUUUUCCAGCACAAAAUGGAGCGUGAAUGGAUUCUUGCAAUUAUUGGGGAAGGACUCAAAGACAAACACUGCUAUGAACUAUAUGAUUAUCAGAGAAUUUUCCAUGUCAUUCUGUCUUUCUUCCAUAGUCCACUGUGUGAUGAAUCCUCCCAGGUAAAAUGCAACUGAAACACAUACAGAUACUCCUAAAAGCUUUUAACUUAAAGCAAAAAGAAAACAUUGAAGACUUUUUCUCUAAGAACUACUCUCAUUCAGUCAUAUAUUAAAAGAAAAACAUCCAGUUAAGUCUUUAAUGUGUCAAGAAUUUUAACAUCUGUGGCUAUCUUUAGAUCUCAACAUAGUCUGUAGUAAUAAUAUUCUAAGGCUGCGAUCCAUGCUUGCUUACUUGAGAAUAAGCUUGGACACAAUACUGACUUCUGAGUGAAUGUGCAUAGAAUUACUCGUAAUUUAUGAAGAUACAAGCAAUCCUUGUUUUGUGCAGGGGUUACAUUCCAGACUCCCACGCUUGUCUGUGAGACCUGCAUAAAGCAUUUCCUCCCUCGUUCCAACCUUUUAGUGAUGUUUUCAGGUCACUUCUGGGUUUGGUGUGCAUGUGUGAUUGUGCAUUAAUCAGUCACUGCCUGUAUGUUAAUUUAUAUCUCAUUACUGUUUCUCUCCCCCACCUCACCCCAAUAUUUGCUAGUAAGGUUUUAUAAAACUUAGUCAUUAUGUAUGAAUAGAAAGCUUGAGACAAAAUUUGAAAAUAACAAGCUGUCUCCUAAGACCAAGGAGUGUGCUAAAAAGGGAGGGGAAAGUAUUGUAAAAUUGUUGAAAACACUAGAACCAAAAAUAUUGGGGUACUUUUUAUAUUAGCACAUGGAAGCAAGAUAUAGGUCACCAAGUACCCUUAGAAUGUCUGUCUGCAUUCUGGAAGAGUCAUGGUACCAUUUUGCAUGCAUUUUAAGGCGAGAUAUUGAAGACAAUGUUCAGAUGGAUACUGUAGAUCCUGCCCACACUCAAGAUAAUAGCCAGAUAAUAUCCAGAGUGACGCCAUCUUUGAUAUAUUCGCUCCAAAAGACUGUUGAUCUCGAAGGUGCCACAGAACUCUUAUUGUGUUUGCAGAUAAUUAGAUCUAGUUGUUUUCCCCUUGUUUCAUUCCCAAAGGCUUAAAAUUGCAGCUGUGAAAGUUAUUAAGGACAUCUUAUAUAACUACCGUAAAUAAUAUUUUUUUUUGUCUUUCAGCAUCAGAUUCUGGAAAUACUUCAAAAUGCUGCAUACAUCACCAAAGCUGCCUAUCAGCUAAUAAGAGAUCACAGCCUAUUAACUUGGAUAAUAUCUGUACUAGAUAAAAGGUGCAUAGAAGAGUAUUCAUGAUUGAUUGCUAAAUAUUUUCUUUCUUUCACCUUUUUAAAUGUGCAUAUGCGACAGAGCAAGAAAUUAAGACAAGCAGUUUUUGCUCGUAGAGGUCAUGGUAUGCCACUAAGGCAGCUAUCCUAAGAACAUUUACAAGGAUGCCAGCUUCAGUGAACAGACUUACUUUUGAGUAAACGUGCAAACAGCUUAAGCCCUUUAAAUCCUUUUACUUAGAGAUACUUUAAAAACUUUGAUUCUGUUAAAGUGUCAGCCUGUACAUAUAAUUAUCAACUUAGUUAAGGAUUAUUAACUAUAGUUGCCAUGUAGUCUGAAGCUGUACUCCAUGUGCCUGCAAAGACUUGAGUUCAUUAACUGGAAUUUAACAGAGUGUUCUAUUGCUUCUCUGGGGAAAACAUUUUAUUAAUACUCUGUCGUCCUUGUUUGUUGAAGAAAACUUGGCCUCUAAAUAUGUUUCUGAAAUGUAAUGUAACUGAAUAAUAGUCAGAAAACUGGCUUUAGCAAUGUUUUAUUUAAAAGCUGAAUCUCCUGUUCCUGAAACUCAACUUAAAUUGUCCAGGGACUAAUGAAGAGGUUCUGAGGAUUGUUAUGCUGUUAGUGGGAAAAUGACACUGGGUUGUUCUGCCCAUGGUUGCUGCUACUGUGCUUUGCUUUUAACAACUUCAGCACUCUUCAGCUUAGGUCCCAUAUUAAACUGGUAUGGAUUAAAAGAAAUGGGAUCCCAUUUUUGGCUUGCAGCCAAAAAACUGUUGAACUAAGUUUCUUUUUUCACACAAUUUCUCAGUACACACACACACACACACACACACACACACAGUAGUGUUUGAUGUGGGAAAUGUAAAUUACCUAAAUGAAUGUUCAAAGUCUACUCAAGGUUUAGAUCCUACAGUGACUCUUUUAAAUAUACAUCAACAGGAACGUACACUCUGGAUUCAGUGUUGGAUUUUUCCCUUCCAUUUAAUUUUUUCCCCUCAGGUGAAAGACAAUAUUAAAGGUAACAUUUUGUGUACCCAGCUCAUGGGACUGGUGGAUAAUGGUUGAGAAAUAUUAUUUUUUAAAUGUUAUUUUGGUGCACUAUUGUAAUCUGGUUUGCUAUAAAAUAAACAUGGAACAUUUUUUAUUAUUUUAACUUAUUUUUUUCCUCCCUUCCUUCCUUCAUUCUAGGUUUCUGGAAUCCAAGAUGCUAAGCAGUGUCAUCUCUUUAGUCCAUACUCUUUGGGUAACCAAUUUAGGAGAUAAACAAAAGUCACUUGGAACACCUGAUACGAAGGAGCUACUAGAGAAUCAGAGAUUCCUUCCUCUCCAGCUUGUCAGUGAAUUUCUUCACAUUUUAUUAAUGCUUCUUAAACACAUUCGGUAUGUAUUUCCUUCUGUUUAAUGUAUCUGGAAUUAAAUUUCAUUGAGCCUUGAGUUUUUGUAAUAUCUCAAAAUUCACCUUUUAUUUUUAAUUUUAAAUGGCAACAAUCAUUUUUUUAAAGAUUAGCUUUUCUGCAGAGAUCUGAAAUGCAUUGGUUGGUACUUGCUAAUGUCUAAGUGGUCCACUCGUCAUUUCUGCUCAGUGGGAGCCUGUCUUCAAUACAUUGUGCUUUUAUUUAUUUUCCAGAAUAUCUUUCUCACCUUUCUGAAUUGUAAUCAAGGCUGUGAGCGGGGGCCAUGGAGAAGCACUGCUGAAGUCUGCUUAGCAUUCAGUAGUCUAAGCCUUCUCAAAACUAUUGCAUAUGGUAUUUUUCAGCCACUGCAAUUCUUCAGAGCCUUAGUUAUCAGUGAAUUUUGGCAGUUCUUGACCCUUAGAGUCAUUUUCACCCCUAACAAGAUGUUAUGCCUGAUUUUGUCUCUUUUCAAUUACCAGUUUUCCAUUUGACCUAACCCUUAUACUGUGUAAUUUUUGCUACUUGAGUUCACUACAAUGCACUCACUACUUGAGUUCACUACAAAUUUAGCUUUUUAUUUCUGUUUACUGUGUACCAGCAUUUUCAGGAAAGACAUACCCUAAAAGCUAUGUACAUCAAGCACUUGAGUAGCCCUGCCUGAAAAGUGUAUGUAUGCUUGGAAGGAAGAAAUAGAUUCAAAACCUGUGAAAAUGAAUUGGCUAUUUGAACCCAACCAGCACAUGUAUUGUUGUUUGGAAGUGUUAUUCCUACUAUGGCUUGGUUCAUCUGCGACAUUAAAGCAUCAUUUAAAAUAAGCUAUGGUUUAAUGCCCGUAAGCACGUUGCUCCUACCUCACUCCUGACUGUACGGUAUGGGAGAGGAAACAAGCCAGAGUCUGGCUUGAUGUGAACUGUGUAGCCAGCCUUGAGGUUUGUUUCCUCCCAGGUUUGCACAUCAUGACAAGCCAGGCUCUGUCUUGUAUCCUCCCCUGCAGGGCAUAGUAACAGUGGAAGAGAAAAGAAGCGCUCAUGUAUACUAAACCAUAGUUUAUUUAAACUACAGUUUAAUAUUGCAUGCAAGCCAGAGCAAAUUAUGCAACCUGAUAACAAACGAUAACUCAAAUCAGUAGCCUUCAUGUUUCACUGCUGUCUUUUUGCUGCAAUCUUAUCUGCCUCAGACUCUUAUUUUGUGUUAGACAAAAAUUAAAUAAACCGUCACUUGUUUCCAAACAAAAGCAAAUUUUGAGUUUAGUUACCAUUUGGGUUGAGCAUUGUAACCUUUGUUUUCUCCAUCUCCUGCCAAAUAGGACCAACUUGGAUUCUGCCACAUUGAUUCAGUUUUUCAGCACGUUGCAUUCUGUAUUGGAAUACCGCGUUGUGGUUUUUGAGGCCUUCAGACAAAUGGGAAGAUUCACUGUGAAUGAGCAUGUCCUUUCAAACAAAGAUGUUCUGCUGCUCUUGCACAAGUGGAGCAUAAUUGGCAAAGACGUGGAACUUCAAGAUGUUCUUCAGAUAUUUGCUCAACAGUACCAAAUAAAAGAAUUGCUUAGUAAGUUCUAAAUAUAUCAUGUGUUUUAAAUAAGGUCAGCUAUUUUCUGCUGAAUUCUGAAAGUACUGAACACAACAGCCAGCUCAUCAUAUUUCAUCAAAUGCAUGGAAGAAGAGGAAGCCCUUAACCACACACUAAAAAGAUAUUAUUGUUGGCCCCAGGCAGGCUUCCUCGGGAAGUUUGAAAAGGGAGUAGAAAUCAUUAAAAUAUAUGUGUACUUCAUUAAUAACAUCAGAUAUAAUCCAAGAAAAAGGAUUUCAUAUCUCCCUUGGUUUUUUUUUUGUCUAGUGGUAAACUUCAUAGACCAUCACCAUAUGCUCUUUAUAUAAAAUGAAGCUCUGAGUAUAAGUGACUUUCAUCAUGUCAGUUUGCCAGGAUCUGCUUAGGACAGUCGAGGCCUUACCCAAACACUUUUCCCUUUCCUGAGCCUUUGUAGGGGUGGAUAAUUAAGGAGCAGAGACCUGUGUGGAAGCCGAAACCAUUUUAGUUUGUGUGAUCCCACACAUAAAACACCACUGAGAUGGGUAAAUAAAAGAAAGAGUUCUCAUUUUUAAGAUAGUGGGAAAUUGCUUUUGUUAAUGUAGAUUUAAAAGAGAGGGCUUAUAAUAAUGUUUGUUUAGAGAAAAUAUUUUUGGCAGCAUUCAUGCAAAAUCUAUGGAGUGAUGAUAAUCUCAAGAUAAAUGUUCAGGUCUGGGCUUCCUGCAACUGAGCUAUUUGUUUUGUUGGGAUUUGGUUGAACUUUUAACCUGUUACUUUCCAACUUUAAAAGCAUAAUUCAGCAAGAGGUUCUAUCUGUCCUUCUGUCUCGCUUUUAAAUAAAUACUGAAUUGAUUAAUUUAUUACCAUUCUCCCUUAGGUGUGAAUAUGUCUUCGCAGCAGUGCAGGAGAGGUUAAGACAGGUGCAAGAUGAUGGUUGUGCAGAGUCGUGAAAAAAUCAGUUUACACCUUUUGAAACCUCUCCUGUACCAAUGUGAAGACAUCUGCUUGCUGCAACUUGGAGACAUCCAAGUACCCACUGAGAAACAUUUUUCACAAUAAGACCAACAAAUACUUUUCAGAAAGUUAAAAUUUUCUCAUUUUUCUUUAAAUUAUUGUAAGUAUUUUGUUUGUUUUCUUCUACUACAGAAAACAUUAAAGACAAAAACAAAGCACAAGCACCAUUUCGAACAUCAUCCCGACUUGUUCGGAAGAAGAAUGAAAUUGAAACAGAGCCAGAAACAGCAUCUGAGCGGGGGGAGAAAUAUUUCGAGGAAUGCAGAUCUGUCCUGAGAUCUGUGCUUUUCCACUGGGAACCUGUAUUCCUGGAUAGGCCAGCAAAGCAUUCAAAAGAGCACAAUGAAGAUGACAAUCCUGGUCUUACGUGUAAGAUUGCUUACUUAGUAUUCAGAUGGCUAGUGAAGUCUCUUCUCGACAGCAGCUUCAACGUGCAAAAUGUACUUUUGACUUUCAAGUGGUUUGAAAAGAGUGCUUUGCAAAACAGCACUGUGGUAGAUGAGAUUCUUAAAGAUUCAACUCUCAGAAGUGGUAUAUUUAAGCUUUACAGUACUGUCUACAAUGCCUGUGAAGAGAAGGCCAUGGAACUGAGUGAUCUCUCCUUGCUUAAUGGAAUCAUGCUGCACCUACUAGAUUCCCAGAACCUGACCAAAAAUGCUUUUCAUGAGACUGUGGAAAGGUUCUGCCUCUCGGCAGUAACAGAGGAAGAAAGAACGAAGAAAGGUAAUGUUAUUUUCAGCAAGGAAGUUGAGGAGAAACUAAGCAUAUAAUCUUUCUCCCCCAUAAAACUUCUUGAAAUUUUGCCUUUUGCUAUAAUAUGGUAAUUCCAGAAGAUACUAAGAGAUUAACUAGUAAUGUAGAGUAGGAUAUUCUGGUAACAUUAAAAUUGAUUGAGAAAUUAAAUAAGCCUGAGUAUGGUAAGGGAUAUUCUAAGGGAUAAAGUGUUGUUUAACAUCAGUAACCCAUGUUCGCUUAACGAAGUAUCAAAUGUUCCAUUUUUUAAAAUGUAUUGGAAACUCUGCCAUUUAAAAUAAGCAGAGUAAAUGAUGACUAUAGAUCAACUUUUAAGAAAAGAUCUUGAUUGUGACAAUUAUUUUCUUAUUUCCUAGGGGCAAGCAUAUUCCUCACUUCUGUUUACAUUGGAGAUCUUUGGCUGGGAGCAAAGCAACCAGACACAUUUAUAACCCAUGUUAAACUGAUACAUGGAACAGCAAAUGGUAAACAAAAGAAUGAUGAUCAAAGAACACGGGAACCUGAAGAAGCUAUAGCUUCUCUCUGCAAAGACAUUUACCCAUUCUUAAUUCAUCACCCUGUCUUUCAAUCUUAA